GGCUGACUGAUCCUUUAGAAAAAAAAAUCUAUCAAUCCUUGGGUGGAGUUUUUUUUUCAUUCUCCACAAAGCAACUAUUUGGCCGGGACACGUACGUGAGCCUCCUCAAAUUGGCGCACUAAUCCUAAAAGGAGCCAUGAAGUGUUAAAUGGUAGAAACAGAGAGAGCGGCGCUCAGACACCCGCACGCUGGGAGAGAGGGAGGAAACAGCGCUGCUCCAAUGCGUCUGUGCAACACAGACUGAAGAAAAAAAAACUUAUCGACGCACAAAACCAAAACCUGAGCUGCGCAAUUAGUGCGUGAAAACCAACUUUUCCUCCGGUUUUGAAGAAAAUAAAUAAAGAAAUCAAGCUGGCUCAGUGCGUGUCUCAGCAGCCCACUUUGACAGGUGCUCCUCACCCCCUUUGGAGGACUGUCAACAGCAAGAGGAUGGCAUCAGAGCUGGCAAUGAGCAACUCCGACCUGCCCACCAGUCCCCUGGCCAUGGAAUAUGUUAAUGACUUCGAUCUGAUGAAGUUUGAAGUGAAAAAGGAGCCGGUGGAGCCCGAUCGCAGCAUCAGCCAGUGCAGCCGCCUGGUCGCCGGGGGAUCCCUGUCUUCCACCCCGAUGAGCACGCCUUGCAGCUCGGUUCCCCCCUCUCCAAGCUUCUCGGCGCCCAGUCCGGGAUCAGGGAGCGAACAGAAGGCGCACUUGGAGGAUUUCUACUGGAUGACCGGGUACCAACAGCAGUUGAACCCCGAGGCUCUGGGCUUUAGCCCAGAGGACGCCGUAGAGGCGCUGAUCAGCAGCAGUCACCAGCUCCAGACCUUCGAUGGCUAUGCCAGGGGGCAGCAGUUCGGCGGCGCAGCCGGGCCAGGAGGCGCCAUGGCCGGGGAGGAGAUGGGAUCAGCGGCUGCCGUGGUGUCCGCGGUUAUUGCUGCAGCCGCAGCUCAGAACGGGACUCCCCACCACCACCACCAUCACCACCACCACCACCACUCAGGGGCACACCACCCCUCCUCCGGGUCGCAGUCCGGUGGCGGCGCAGGAGGAAACCACCAGCACCUGCGCCUGGAGGAUCGCUUCUCGGACGAGCAGCUGGUGACCAUGUCAGUCCGGGAACUGAACCGGCAGCUCCGGGGGGUCAGCAAAGAAGAGGUGAUCCGUCUGAAACAGAAGAGGAGGACACUAAAGAACAGAGGCUAUGCCCAGUCCUGCCGGUACAAGCGGGUCCAACAACGGCACGUCCUGGAGGGGGAGAAGACGCAGCUCAUACAGCAGGUGGACCACCUCAAGCAGGAGAUCUCCCGGCUGGCCAGGGAGAGGGACGCCUACAAGGAGAAAUACGAGAAGCUCAUCAGCACAGGCUUCCGAGAAAACGGGGGCUCCGGCAGCGACAACAACCCCUCAUCCCCGGAGUUUUUCAUGUGAGUCCCGGCGCUGAAAAGUUUUUAUAUCGGCCCCCACAAAGAAAGCCAGAAUAAAGUUUGAUGAUUUUACGCGCAGCUUUACAUAGAUUGUGCAACUUAUGGCGACUUUUAAAUAAAGCUGCGCUAGAUAAGGACUAAAGAGUUUUUCACUUUUAAACUGUUUUGAGAGUAAAGAACUUUGAUUUAUGUCACAUUGCUUUAAAAACACAUAAAUCAACCUGUCUACAUGACUCUAAAUAAGAAUCCACUUUCUACAGCCGAUUCAAAGCCUUUUUUUCUUUUCACACACGAAGCAGAAAAACUAAACUUUACCUAAUAACAGCCUCGUCCAUCCUCUUCACUUUCUCAAACUAUUUUGUGGGUGUGAAAUAAAACCUCAGGCACAGCAGCUUUAUUUUGAUGUGAUUAUUAUUUUUUCCUCCAAAGUCAAUUUUGUUCUGAUAUGAACGAACUCAUCCUCAUAUCAUUCGCUUUUUUUGUCUUGUGAAAAACAUCCAAAGUCAGCUGCUGCAGACCUUUGGAGGAUUGUUGUCUGACACUUCUUUGUGAAGCCAUGCAUGCUGGUCAUGUACGGAUUGUGUUUUUGCUAUUUUUUCUUUUUCUUUAUUUUGUUGUGAACUUGUAUAAAAACUUGUGUAUGCAUUGUUCAACUUCAUCACUUUUUAUGGGUUCUUUGUAAAAAAAAAAGUGUGAGCCUCCAUCCGUCACAUUGUUUUGUAUAAGUUUCCCGCGAUCGUGGACUAUACGUCUCCAGGCUUCAUUUGGAGUCCUCUCAGAAUUAUGUCAUGUGGGGAAAAGAAGAGCUUUUAUAUCGAUGUAAAUUUAAUGGCCUGCUUACAGACAACACCGGAUAAUAUUCUCUUAAAACUAUUUAUUUUUUCCAAGAAAGCUCAGACUAAACAGAUCACUGUGAUCAACAAGUGCGCAGCAGACCAGACACUUAAAUACUGAUGCAUGUCCUGGAACUAAACAGAAAGUCAUGCAAAAAAUGGUGCAACAAGUUAUCAUGUCUUUCCUCCACUUUGUUUCUUAAUUUGUUUCUCUGUCAUUUAAGGAAUUGUGAUUGCCCACUGAACUUUGUGGAGUGUUUCUCUAUAGGAAAGAAAAAACAACAACAACCAAUUCAAAUUUACUGUUCCCCGUCAUGUCCAAUAAUUCAGCAUGAAUUGCAGCCAUUCAUCUUUGGUGACUUCUCUAGCUGCAGUCAAGUGUUUUGUCUGGACAGAAGAGUUAAACUGGCAUCGUGACACACGGUGUUCGCUCUUUAAAAUGGAAUUGAAUAAAUAUGCCGUUCAUCAAUAAACCUCCAUGAAUGGAAACUAAACUACUCUGCUGAAAAUGUUUUUUUAUUUUAUCUUAAUUUCUCUCUUUUGAUCUGCAUGAUGUUUUUAUUUGUCUUUGAGGGGGGGUCUUUCGAGUUUAUCGAUCUUGAAUUAAACCUGUACAAAAAAAGCAGAAUAUGCAGGAGACAAAUGACAAAUUCAACAGUUGUUCUGGUUCACCUGCGUUUAGCCAAAGCGCUUUGCAUUUGUUGCGCACGGGGUGGAAAUGAUAACAGACUUUAAAGUCCAGCUCCAGAAAACACGAUAGUUAUAAUAUGAAAUAGAAUUAAAUAGGCAAUGCAUUUAAUUUAAUCUCAAAAAUGCAAAUCAUUUUAAGGAUGUUUCUUUCGCCUUUAAAUGAGUUUUAUGUCUGAAUAAAUAAAAGAAGACGAUCUUCACCUGUUGCGUAAUCUAAAACACACUCCUCACUUAAUCUCCUUAAAAAUGAGCAGAAAAUCAGACAUCGCUGCUCAGAUUUUCUCUUCUUUCUUGUGUAUUUUUUCUCUUUCAGACUUCCAGGGCCUUCUUUCUGUUUGUGCUGCAGCUGUCCUCGAAAAGGCAGAGUCAAUGAUUGAUUUUUGAGUAAACUUGCACUUUUCACUCGGUUGCUUUCCACUUGUUGAAUAUUGCUGGGCGAAAGUUUUUUGUCUAAUUUGUUCGCAUUGAGAUUCACAUGAAAGAAAAUAUAAAAUGAGAAAAAUCUUUUUUCAAUUUAGGUAUUAAUUAUGGUCAAAUAUCUGAUAUUUCGAGAAUGGGGAUUUUCGCGUUUAGCAGUUCCGUUGGAUGAAACUUUACGCAGCCAAAACGUGAUAAAACAGCUUAAAAUAAAUUCUCCUUACAGUGAGGAUUAUUCGCCGUAGAGCUAUUUUCUGUGCUCUUUCUCUAAAAUGCGAGGAUCAUUUAGUUGUCUUCUUAAAUUUUUUAAAAUGCUGAUAAGAGUGAAAAGAAAAAAAAACUGAAGUGAUCUGGAUUGGUCGCGCUUAACAGGUCAAAACCCUCCUCUGCCCUGGAUUCAGUCUGACUUUGCAGAGUGUUUCUGCUCCUGAAAUGAGCAUCCUAAAAGGGCAGAAUGUUCCAGAGACAAAGACUCCUCAUUGUGCUGCUGCAAUACAGGUCACGAUAAACUCCACGCGUGUGCUGCUGGAAAUCUGUGCUGUUCCGUUUGGAUGUGUGUGGUGGUGGACAAGACGAGAGUGCUGGGUAUAUGAACAUAUGGAGGGGGUGCUUCUUGUAAACUUUGGUGCGCAGCAGAGUGAGAGUGGUUCAGGCUGUGAGUCAGAGUCUCACCUGUGUGGUGACUGCUGUGACAGUGUGUCUGAUCCGCGUGGUCACCUGACUUACAUUUGCCCCAGAGUGAGGAACAAGAUGGGAGAGCAUGAUCCUACCAGUGCCUGCCUGCAGGAGCGAUUUUCUCUGUAGUUAGAAGUGAGUGAGAGACAGAGAGACAGAGAGAGAGAGAGAGAGAGAGAGAGAUGCUGGCUGCUCCUCUCAGAUGAUAAACGAUCAGAGAUGCCUCCUAGCUGAGAGGAGAGGGCCUUUUAGUGAGCAUGUGUCCACUAAUUUAUGGCCCUGCUAUCUGAUUAGGUCAAUAUAGUGUGCUAUUUAAUUACAUUUGUGUUAUAACCUGGGAGUGGAGAUGCUAUUCUUCUUCUUUCUUCUGUGAGGCAGAUAUAGGAUUAGUCCAGUCUCAGGGCUCAGCUCAGGACAGUCUCACCUGAAGCUGCUUGUGUAUCAUAGUGUGAUAGACAGGAGGACUAGACUUAGUGGAGAGCCUCAGGAGGAGCCUGUGUGUAUGUGUACAUGUGUGUGUGUGUUAUUCAAGAAUAAUAAAGUGGAAAAUUGCUGAUCAGGUGGAGUGGAAACAGUGUAGGAUGCUGUUUAUAUGUGUGUGUGUGUGUUUUGACUUGUAGUCACAGAGAGUCGCCGCAGGACUCAGUAAAACUGAAUCACUUCCUGUGUUAAAGGAGGACAGAAGGCACAGGAAACAAUAUUUCAGCGCUUCCUCCUCAUUUCUCAGCACUCCACCAACUACUCUCUCUCCGCCUCACGCCUCCUCCUCUCAGCACAAAAAGAAAAAAUCAGUCUCCACAUACAAAAACACACACAGCACAUUAUUAAUCUUAUCAGUAUGAACUGUAAUUCUAUUCUCCGGCCCCGUGUAUUGACUGGAGCGCUGUGAUCAUUUGCAGUCUGUCCAAUGAUUAGGUUAUUAAAGAUAAUGCAGUUGUCUGCUGUCACAAUAUUGGACUCUCUCUUUCAGGUCAACUAUGGGAAAUCACUUUGAAAUUUAUCAGUAUUGACAUUUGAAUCAUCAUCGCGUACUUUGCUUUAAUGCCUCAGAAUAAAUAGGACAAAAGGAGGUGCGCGCUGUAUAGUGUCUAUUUGUAUGAGUGCUCAAUAAGCAGCCGCCAUUGUCUUUUUCUUUGACCUUGUGGUGCAGGGGAGUGGAUAUAGUAUGUUCUUAAAGUGAGUGCAUUCAAUCUACAGGAAGGAGUCAUUUUAUCAGGAAAACAUGAUAAAUGUCAGUCGACAAAUAUUAAGAAUAAUAUUUAUAUCACCUGAGACACACAGAGGAGCUAAUAAAUGCGAAAAACUGCAGCUGCUUUAAUUUUCUGUUAAUUUUUCCAGACUUGAAUCUAGUUUUAUGAGAGUAACAAGAGUAAGUACAACAUGAUUUCAUGUGCAAUCCCCAAUCAAUAUGACAUUAAAAUAAAUAAAAUAGCGGCCAACAUUUUAAAUUUCACCAUGCCAGAAUUAUAAGAGGAUCUAGAGGUAAAAUCAUAUGAGAACAAAUUGAUUUGUAAUGACGUGGGUCAUUCAUUUCAUUCCACUAGAUUUGUUUUUUGUUUUUUUUUCCUUGCGAGCAGAACCUUUCCUGUGAAAACAUCCCCAAAGGGUUAAAACAAAUUUACAUUCAAAAGAGGAAACAAUUUCAAUCUCUUGCACUCAAUUCACAUCUGCAUCACUCCACGCGAUAAACAUUUACAUUUAAAGUGAUUUAAAUCAGCUGCGUUUAUGUUCCUCUGUGCUGCGUCCAUCAUGUAGACCUGCAGAGAUCUCUCCCCCUCUCUCUCUCUCUCUGUCUCUCCCGGUUUCUCUCUCCCCCUCUCCUGUCUCGCAGUGUCCUGAGUUAUGUGUCAUUUAUUUGAAACCCUAAUAAUUUAACCUGUCCCCUCCUGUCGUGGCCAUGCAUGUGGUGAGAAUGCAGCAGCUGUAAAGCAGUUUGUGCCGCUGCCUCUGAUUGUAUAUCUGUCUCUUUUGGCUUCACAUGGUGAAUAUUUCCUCCUAUGUGUAGAGAGGAGGUAAUGUGAUUCCCUCUGCUCAUUCCUAUAGUCUGCUGUUGAACUGAGAUUACUGUAAAGAAUGUGCACAUGCAGUGUGAAGUGUCUUGCAGCAGAAAUCCAAACAGUAGAUUUGCAUUUGCUCUCCUCUGAAUGCAUAACUAAAGGGCAAUAGAUGAAAGCUAAUUAUGAUUUAAUGAUAUGUGAUCACAAUAUUCGGAGCUGCAGAUAAACAGAGCUUAGGCUGUGUUGAUGUUUUCACUGAGUUGAGUUGUAGGGCACAGAGUCAGUGGAGUGUGUGUGUGUGUUUUGGACCGCAGCAGGCGUGUCGGUGGUUUGUCAAAAAAAAAUUAAUAAAUAAAAGAAAAGAGUGCAUUGUGUGACUUAAUGAGUGUGUGCAUGUUUAAGUCCGCACAUGCACAAGUUUGUGUUAUGCAGGGUGGAUUUGGAGCCGAGCCCGACCCCUGUGUGUUUUACCUGCAUCUCAAUGAAGCCAGAGAGGUGAUUUACCCUUCUGCUGCAGUCAGCCUCUCUCUCUCUCCCUCCCUCUCUCUCUAUUUUGCUCCCUCUCUCUCUCUCUCUCUCUCUCCCAGCCAGUCAAACAGACAUUGAUCUCUCUGCCAGGCAAGGUGACCCACAGUGUUGGUCGGCUCUUCCACAGUCUCUCCUCUCCCUUUCAUUUGUACCUGGGAAAGGCCUUGACCCUGAACACUGCUGCCGAGUGGCCGCUCUCUGCACGUGGACCCCACUUCCCUGUAUCAAGCCCAGUCUGUGUGUGUGUGUGUGUGUGUGUGUGUGUGUGUGUUUCUGGCUGUUUGUCUGUGUCCACGCACUGCUGUGUGUGAUUAUAUGAAUAUAAUGUCAACAGAGAUGGAAAUUCAACUGAAAACAAAGUUCAGGUCAGAGUGGGAGUCUUGUGUAUCCAUGUCAGUGUGUGUGUGUGUGUGUGUGUCAGAGCGGUUUUCAGGUGACUGCAUGGAGUUGUGUCACUGAGAGCUCCUGUAGCUGAAUGGGUCAGAGUCCAUUUGGUCUCAGUGUGAGUCGGAUUACAGGGAAAUGAAUGGCUCUCUUUGUUCCUAAAGAUGGAUUGAGGGGCAUUAAUACACUUGUCGCCCCUUUUCCUCAGUUGCUGAGGUGAGGCUGAAUUAAAAGUUUACUUGUGUUAGUUGUUACUCUUUAAAAAAAAAACGCAGUCAUCCCUGAUAUUUGCACAUAUUGUGUUAACAAACAAAUAUUUGGAUACUCCUGUCAGACAGGAAGAUAUCCAGAUAUAGACCUCGGCUUUUUAUUUAUUCAUAGUUAACCUUUAAGAAAUUACGUAUUCUUUCUUUAAUUUUGAGACCGUUUUUUAAAGUUAAUUGAAUUUAAAUCAUUUAUACUGAACAGCACAAAAAGAUAAAAUUAUAUUAUUGCGUGACAGAAUGGUAACAACCGAAAUGUAUUUUAAUCAUACUAUUAAAGAUUGAUUUUGCGUUGCAGACACACUGCAGUGUGUGUCCUCUAUUCAAAAUCUUAUAUAUAGUUGACUGACAUGUUACAUUGACUCGACUAAAAGAAUAAUUUAGUUUUUGUGUGUUUAUUUCAGCUGCUGCCUGUCACUAAUAUAUACUUCUGUUUUUGUGCUAUAAACCUGAUUUCUUAAGUUAUUCCACAAACUGUUUAAUAUCUUUUAAUACAUUUUUCAUAUAGUUUUACAUCAUUCAUAAAUUCAUUUCACCGGCAAAUUAAAAUAAACUAAAACACUCUUUAAUUUAACGUUCUUAAAGGACAGUUAUUCCUUUCUAUAAACGGCCACUUUUUAACCUAAUCUUUAAAUUCAUCCCCUUUUUGUUGUGUAUAAUAAUUAUUCCAAACACACACAACCUCAUACUCGCGGUCCAUCAUGUUGUCAAAGUUCCUUUUGCUGCUAUUAGAGAGUUUGGAUUUCUUACAAAGUUUCUGUCUCCUAUUUCUGCAGGACAUCGAGAAAAUUCCUCCAUCUGUGAUACAGAACUGUGACGUCUCCGUCCCACCACCUGGGAGUCUGAGGUAACUUCACCUGUUCAGCCUUUUGUUGUUACAACACACUCAUGUUUAACAUUAACGGUCAGAGACAAAGUAAAGCGCACUAUCAGCUAUAGAGAAAAAGGAUGAGAUGAAUUUCAUAUUCGCUGAACGCUCAUGAAAAUACAAGAGGUGGUUUUCAAGGAGGAAAGAAGAAAGUCGGUAACGUGGUAUGAGAAGUUUAAUAUGAAUUAUAGGAUGACAAACAAAACUACUUAACAUCUUAUAUUUACAAAAGAUCUACGUCUUUACUUUAAGUCAGUUAUUUAAAAUUGUUAGAGAAGGAUAAACAUGACCGAGUAGAUUUAAAAACACUGUUGAGUGUUUGUAAAAUAAGUGUUAACAGGAGUUCUUAAAAUUCUCUGUGUGAAAAAAGUUGAAAUUAUUGGUUGGGCCUUUUCUUUGUAUGAAAACAGAAUUGUCAUUGUCUUAAUUUCCUUUAAAAUAAUAAUACUAAGGAUGCACUCACAGACAGCAUGAGGAUAUUUCUUUCUUCAUGUUAAUCUCCAUGACGCUGUCUGGAUAUUCGCAGUGUGUGAUGCUGCAUUUUUUGUUAUUUGGGCUCUGUCAGUGCUGCUUGAUUGACAGGAGGGUGACAUUGGCAGUGCUCACGGGAUGAUGCCAAAACCUUACUCUGUCUUGACCCUUUGAUCUCCUUCACUCUCUCAACACUCUCUGCGGGGAUGUACACGAAAAAACAUCUUUUCUCUCUGGCUGACACAUAGAUGGACGGAUGGUGCGGUUGUAGAGGAUGGCAAUAGAUGCAGAGAAAAAAGAAAGAGGCGGGAGCGCAAGAGAUGGUUUUUAAUUAGACGGGAAGGAUGGAUGAGAAAUCAUGCAUGCAUGCAGAGUUGUUUUGAGAGGGGGUUUAUCGAGGUGAAGAAAGACCUGGAUUUGAAUGCAGUCAGGAGCGCCAGGUUGAGGGUGCAAGAGGAGGUGAGGAAAGGUUGGUGGUAGGGCUCCUGGCCACAGCUGCAGACAGACAGGCAGGGUAACCAGAGGCAGCCGGUGACCUUCUCUGCCGCUGGAGGAUCGAAGGCUUUAUUUAAAGGCCUGGUCAAUGCUGGGGGCUGCUGAGGUAUCAGCCUUGCAGCCAGGCGACUCAUCACCACUGUAAUACAACUCUCUAACCCUAACCCACCCCCUCCCACACACACACACACACACACACACAUACGCACACACACACACACACACACACAGGCAGGACAGGACACUCUGUGGACACCUCAGGUUUUACAGUAUAGAGUGGAAGGGCUGGACAGAAGAAAGUACAGCAUCAGCAGCGGCUAAUUUUACUGUACAGCAGACAGAAUACUCUACUUUCCACAUGCGCUCAGCAUUGUGAAGCACAUGCUAGUUUUACCUUCAUUUGCACUCCAUCUCUGUUAGAUCGGUGACACUACGACCAAUUUUAGACACGCUGCAAAAAGGAACGGGAAACCUUAAAUAAGAAGCGCUGAGGCGGAGAGGAGGAGGUGGAAGAAGAAGGUUGGGAAAGAGUUAAAAAGUGUGCAGGCUACUUAGCUAGGACACCUGCGUCUGUUUGCAUGUGUGUGUGUGUGUGUUGGGGGGGAGCACGUGUUCCAGCACCGAAGUGUGUGUGUGUGUGUGUCUGCAGCGUUAGGACACCUGCAUGCUUCAGCACUUUCUGCCUGUCAGGAGCUCUGAGGUCGCAGGCGCGAGUGUGGAGAGGGCACAUUAGAAGAAGCUCUGAAGCCCCCAACCACCCACCCACCCGCCAUUGCACCCACCCACCCAUGCCUCCGACAUCCUCCCCCACCUCCCAACAACCCCCACUUUUUAUUUCUCCCCCCACCUUUACCUGUUAUACCCCCGUUAUCAUCCCUCCACCUCCGGUUCUCUUCCUCUCACUCGUCUUCCCCUCGCAGUGACGGGGUGAGUCGGGCGCUCGCGGGGAGGGGGUGCAGGGAGGCAAGGUGCCUUAGUGGCUGACAGCAGGCAGGUCAGGUUUGUGUAGACGCAGGAGAGGGGGGAAGGACACACACGCACACUCACAUAUGCAUCAUGGUGUGUGAAUCUGUAAGAGAAAGAAAGAGGAGUGCAUUAAUUGGACGUCUGCGAUCAGGAAUCGGGCGUUGAUGCAAAAUCGUCGUCAUAUGCGGCGAGGUAUUGAGUGAAAUAUAAAUUUAGUAGUAGUAAGUAAUAGUAGUAAUAGUCGUUUAUUCAGUCAUGACAACACAAAAAAUCGGACACAAUAUUGACAAAAUCACUAAAUCAAGAAUCAUGUGUUGAAUAUCGACUGAAAAGGCAGAAGCAGACUUCUUAUAAAAGCCUCUCCUGUGUUGUCAACUUUUUAGGCUACCGACCUCCAGAAAAGCAAAGAAACCACGACAACAGAUAAUUAACUGUCACUUAUAAGCUUUAAAAAUAGCUCUUCAAACCAUUUUCUUAAAAACCAGAAAAGAAUGACAUGUUUUUAGAUUUAAAACGUGUCAUUCAAGAAAAACUCAAUAUUGAAGUUUAUCAUGUUUUUUAAGGCUUGUUAAUGUGCGGCCAAUUGGACACUGAAAAUCUGUAAUAUUGCAGGAAAUGACACCCAACGUUGACGCAAAAUCCUCCAAUCUAUUUUCAAAUAUGAAAUAUGAAGAUGUUUCCCCCACACUUUAUUUGAGACUGCAGCCACGUUGGGGUCUCCUGCAGGAUUUUCUGCUCCCACAUUUUGACACACUUCACUUUCCAUUUACUGCCUGCAGGUUUUAUAUAGAACUAACAGCUGCUCCACCUAAGACUGAUUACAUACGUACAGUCCUCAAAGUGACACAGACAUCAUCCCUCCAUCCAGAAAACCUAAAUGACAGGAAGGAUUUAAGCAGGAUGUAUGCUUGUCGUUAGAUCUGGUCUAUAAAGAGGAAAAGCAGGAAGAGUUGGGUGUAGAUUAUAGACGCACACAAAAAGAAAAAAGAAAAAAGAUUUCUUCUUUCUCUCUGCAGUUUUAAAAAUACACAAAGUGAUGGCGGUGUUUAGAUUUGGCUUGUUUUUGAAAAUGUGUUGUGUGCUUUCGCUUUGUUCUAAACCGCAGAGAAGAUGAUACUUGAGGAGAAAUCUGCGCCCGCGAGCCACACCGCGUAACAUCAACCUGCUCCUCUUUUCAACUUAUGUUAAUAAUUUUUCCGUCCCGUGUUUCACUUGUUUAAAGCUGGUUUAUGUUGUUUUAUUCAAACAUAAUUAGUUGUAAAGCUGUCACCCUCUUAUGUGUGUGUGUGUGUGUGUGAGCCUCAGAGCUAGUGUUUUCCUCAGGUUGUAGUUGUGUGUGACUGAAAGAGGAACUUGUGAUGAGCCCGGGGUUACUUUGAUAUAAUGUAUUCCCCUGAAUCUCCGCAGCCAGCAGCCCAGGGCCUUCCUCCUGCCUGCAGCCUCCUUCUCCCUCUCCUCACACACAAACACACACACACACACACAAACACACACACACUUCUCUUCCUCACUUCUUCUUCCCCCCCUGCACCACUCCUCCCCUCUACUUUCCCUACGGUGACCGCCCGGUGCUAGCUGCUUUGCGUUGCACCCAGUGUCUAAUUGAAUUCCAACACUGGGGCGUUAGCUCCUAAUGCUAUAGAGAUGUUAACACGGCACAAUGCUAACAGUCCUCGGGACGUGUUUCAACACCAUGCUCCUAAAGAGAAAAUUAGCGCUAAGCUCACUGUGGCAGCACAUGAUUUAUUCAAAGCGCCAAACUGUGUCUUCUGUAUCCCCUAAAGGACCGUCUUUUGUAGCCACCAGCACAAUCAGCACUUCAUAUCCACACAUGCAGCACAUGCAGAAUAAGUAUUGUGUUUCUUCUAACUUCUUACAUUGUCUCACAUAUGAGUAUGUCCGCUGAUGCCUCUGCAUCCAUAUAUCGAACCAAGCCGUCCAUCCCCUCUCCCUGACACCCUCACUUUUAUCCCCCGCCUCUCACACACAAGCUCUGGGCUUUUAAUGGCACAUAUUUCCCCAGCCCCGGCUGAAACUGGAUGCAUCUUCUCCUUGUUAGCUUGAUAAAUAACCAGGCUGCUGGGAAAGUGCUGAAUUUUAGCUUUCAGCCACUAUUUUCUGCUGGAUGACAUUAAUUUUAAGUGCUGAGAAGGAGCUAACUAAUACAGACAAAUAAAUAAGGAGGAGGACGGGAAGGUGCAGAGGUGCCGGAGUCACUUUGCUGUCCCUCCCCCCUCUGUUACCUCUUUAUACACAAGCGUUCAGAUGUGCAAUAUGCAAAGCUGCAGAAAUAAACUACGCACAAGAGCGCAGACAGACAGACACACGCUUCGUUUCCCAAUAGAUGCUCCAAAACUGUGCACUCAUCCCGUCUCAUUAUUGGAAGUGAACACGCAGAGGUCAAAUGCUGACCAUGUUGCAGGUAGACAGUCAGUCAGUCAGGCUCCACGCUUCUCUAUCAGCUGUCUGCUUAAACCGCUCAUUCUGUCUCUCUGAGUUAGUCUUCAUCAGAAAAAGAGAUUAGUGCAGCAGUAAUGAAGUGGCAGAUCAAAGUGCGCAACAUUAUGGAUAAAUUGUAUUUAUGUAAUUGUGAGAGUUGCAUUGUGAAGAAAAGUUAAUUAUUGUUCCGGAAAAUAUAAGAGAAGUUAAUUGUCUGACUGAAACACUCGGCGUAAAUAAAGGUUCAAUUCUAUUAUUUUUGCAUUUCUGUUUGUGAAUGCUGCAUUAGUGUAUAAGUGCUGUAAUUACUUAUGUGAGUGCAGCGACAGCCUGAAAACAGAUUAAUCUCCAUCAUGUUAUUCACUAGAGUUUAGUAAUAUGUUUUCUUCUCGCAGUCAAAAUUCGAAUGCAAGCUUCUUCGGCUGCAUUUGUGUGAUUUCACUUUGUACGAAUUUGAAGAAUAGGAGCUGCAAGAAAAAGAGAAGCGGUUCGAGAAAAAAACUUCUAUGGAGGGUUAAAGUUGAGUCUUCAGAUUAAACAAUUAUUGUUACAUUUAACUUUUUGUGUGUCCCGUUCUUGCCCCUAUAAAGUCCCUUUUCUUUUUCAGUGCUACAAUUUUUGAGCCAAAUAAACACAACAUUUAAUGGUAGCCUGAAAUAUCAGAAAAACACUAAAAGCACAUGUGCAAAAAGAAUGAUUUUCCUGGUAAUCUGUGAGUUUCCAUGUUGACAGCUCACAUCCUCUUAACAGUCACCGCGUGUAUAAUUAUAAUAAAACGCACAUCUAUAAGAUACAUUACUCUACACGCACAUAUGCAGACACACCAUACUGAAAGCUUUUCAUAAUGACCUUCGUUUGAUCCUUCAGCAUUAAGCUUGCAUUUCCACCCGUGCAUUCACAUUCAGUGGUUUAUGCACAAAAACCUGAGCAACACACACACACUCACACUCACACGCAUAAACAGUGCUGCAUACACACGUGUACACCUCUGUUGUACAUAACACAUCACAAUGAAGUGGCUGUGGCUGAGACACCUCAUACAUUACUUUAACAAUGUGGUGAAUAAAAAGGUCAGUGGUUGGGAAGCGGCUCCAUGUAACAAUAAGAUGCAUGAACUGAGCUCUGCAGGCACUUCACUCAGAGACCUGCUGCUGCUGCUGCUGCUGCUGCUGAACACGUGUGAGCCAGGGACCCAGAGGUCCUAUGUAAGGAUGGGAGUGUGUGGAUGUGAGUGUGUUUGUUCACCGUUUAAAGAACACCGCAGAGAAACACAUCAUAAUAAUAGAUUUACUCAGUCUAUCAAUAUUGAUCACCUUUUUUUCCUUUGCUAAACUUAUGAGCUGAGAUUUUCUUUUCAAAAUGACUCUUUCAUCGUCAGACUGAUUCUGUUUUUUUCUUUUUUUUUUGUUCAUAUCAAAGCACACCUCGCUCGCUCUGCAGAUGCAAGCAAUACGUGUCCCUGUUUGCAAAGCAGGCUUUAAUUUUCAGGGGGUAUUUAUCACACGCUGUCAUGCUGUGGUCACAUGACCACAUGAACCACUGCCAACAAUUAAGGCUGAUAAAUCAGUCAUUUACAGGAAGAGGAGCAGGAGGGACGGAGUGGGGGGAAAGCGGAAACGAGGGAGUGACAGGAGAAAAGGGGGGUGGAUAAUGGACAGCCUGUACCUCUUUACAGAAAUCUUAUACCUUUGUUUUUUAAAACUGAAUGUUGAACGGUGUUUGUGUUUGAGCAGUGAAGUAUGAACUGGAGCUUGUUGACUCCUACAGGCAGCAACACAGAGACAGAUGGUCGUCGUUCGUGUGUUUUACUGUGAUUGUGACCUGGCUGCACCACUUUAUUUACAAGUGGAGGUGUGUGAGUUUGUGUGCAUUUGUGUCAUGACUGAGAAGAGAUGCAGAGACCAUGCACUCACUUAAGUCUUUCUCCUUCUCUUAGCGUCUAAAUGGAGAAAGCACACUGACUGUUCUAUGUGUAGAUAUUAAGGGAGAGAACAAACUCGAGGCCCGCUCCGUCUUGUCUUUUGGACCUGGCAGCAGACACUCAACUGUCAGAUUUAGAUGCUGAUCAGACACGAGUCUCAGAGAGGUCUAAUCUGAGCCGCUUCUGUAUAAGUUACAUCAGAAUGUGUGUUUCACUUUCAGCAGUCCCGGUCAGCGCUCUGCAGAGUCUCAGCCUGCCCACUCACUUGAAAAGGCUCAUUAAGGAUUCAUGAUAAAAAAAAAAAAGAUGAAAAAAGUGAUCUAAUGGGCUGGAAGAAGACGAGGAAAAGAGGAGGAGGAGGAGGAGGAAAGGAGACAAGCUGCGGUUCAUGAUCCGACAGAUUGAACCCUCACUCACUGAAGAGAGCGGUCACUAACUGACCGAAGCUGCGUGAAAUAUGAGACGGCUGAGUCAGUCAGGUUACCACUGCAGCUGUCUUUAUUUGUAUUUAGAGUUUCUACAUCGAAUCAAACACAAGGAGAGGUUAUGUUCAGGUGUACUAAUGCUGUUGGGGCAGGGGUGUGUCUGAGAGUCAGUGAAGCAGCUUUUCUUGGAAGAGAAACACUUUUGUGAACGAGAAUAAGAAGUCAACACUUUGAGUUUGUGUGCCAGGACCGAUGUCGAGGAGACUAAUUUAUCCAGAGAGGAUAAAUGUGUGGGAAUUUUCCUCGGAUGUUUACCGACUCUUACAGCGGUGAUGUCAGCUUUUUUAUUUCCCGUAAAGACCGCAUCAAUUCUGAAUGAAUUUUCAUUCCUCUUUAUGUCCCGUAUUUUUGAUGAUCAGCCAAUAAAAGCUCGAUUUCUAUUCAGGAUUGAUUUUUUAUUAUUGAUUAACACGCUUUGGUGGGAGUAGAGUGCCAGAGAGUCUGUAGUGGGAAUUAUUUUAAAUUCACUCUCUUAAGAAGUUACCCCUUCAAAUUUGUGAUCUUUUUGAAGGUUUGUGUGCAGACACGUGACGUCAGAGGGAUACUACACUGCCCUCAUACCUCUCUCUCUCUCUCUCUCUCUCUUUCUUCUCUCUCUCUCUCUUCGGGGGCAGAAAGGAAAGGGGAGCAAAAAAAGAGGGUCAAACUGGGGUAGCUGUGCAAACAACGAGAUCAUCACCAGGCUUUGUCAAUAAUUAAAUGAAUAACAAACAUAUUCAAACAGGCUGGAUUUAACAGAUUUAAUCAUGAUAACUCGAUGUCUGCCAGUGACUUAAUGCCAUUACUUGGUUUUUGCUUUGCUGGAUUCUCAAAAGGCUUUGCUGUAAGUAAGCAAAAACUGUUCGUUACCGAGAUAAUAGAAAUUUCAGAAUUAAAUUAGAGGUAUUCAGCUUUAUUUUGGCGGUGCUGAUAGCUGCAUGGUAGCGCUCUGUACAGUAAAUUCAAUGUGUCUUUAUCCGGAGCGAAAUAAAAAAGUGGAACGUUAUUAACGUCAGACCACCUGCAGGGAACAUCUGCAAGCUUCGACUGCAGACCCAACAUACAUCACUGUUUCUCCUCUCACCAUUUACACACACACACACAAACACACACGGGCACGCACACACAUCUAUCUUUUGCAUGUCUCUUGUCUUAUUGACAUGAGCGCAGCGGUGCAUUCCUGCAGCGACUCGAGCUGGUUAUUAAAGAUGCCACAAGGUCACAGGCCAAGUACAGGCCUGCUCUUUUGGCCGACCGGAGGUCAAAGGUCAGCAGGUUAGUGUCAGAGGCCAGGAUGCUCACAGUGCAGCUCACCAGUGAUCCUCUGGUAAUUUAAAAUCAAAGCUUCCUUUUGUGUGUUUUUCUGCUGAGCUGAGCAUGAAACCCUUUUAUUUGUUUAUCUUAUUUUCACUCCUACAGUAACUACUCUCCUUUGAAUAAUUAGAUGUUCUUUUCAUGUUCUAUUAGCACUCUUUUUCCUCAUGUCUCUGCUCACAACACUCUUUUUUCAUCUUCAAAGUGAACGCUAAAAUAGGGCGAUCAUUGCAAUUUAAUUACUACAAAUCCCUUUGUGAAUUUGCUCUUGUGUUUGUUUACACGCACAGAUUUGCCAGCUCCUGCACUUUUCUGUGUUUGUCAGUGAAUGUGUUUAUUUUCUGGUGUCUCUGCGUGAGCAGUCUUAUUUAUAGUGUUCAAGUGUGCAUGUGAAUGUGCGUGUGUGUGUAUGUGUGUUUGCGUGUGUAUGUGUUAUAGUGAAGCUGCACUUGGGUUUAUUUAAAUAGAUAAGAUAGUGUUUUAUUCCCAAUCAGAGGAAUCUCCUGUCGCAUCUCAGUCUCUUCAUAAUAACCCCCAGCAUUGCUCCACACUCCCUCAACACACACUCACACACACACACACACACACUGAGUAUUGCCGACACUGCAAUUUUUCUUCUCCCAGAGGUGUUAGGCUUUGAUAAAUGAAAAUAAAUAUUUUUUUUCAUACAAGGAACAGAAGUGGAAAGAAGAAAAUGGCAGAAGUGACAGGAGGUCUAUAGCACUUUGAUGCUUCAAUACAAGCAAAUAUAUGACUCAGAAACAGCUUUUAUUAGUGUGUGUGUGUGUGUGUGUGUGUGUGUGUGUGUGUGUGUGUGUGUGUGUGUGUGUGUGUGUGUGUGUGUGUGUGUGUGUGUGUGUGUGUGUGUGUGUGUGUGUGUGAGGUUCUUCCUCUGUCAUUGUUGGGAGUAGGAGAGAGUUUGGCGUGUUUACUGAGCAACAGUGGAAGGGGAAAAAAAAAAUAAAACAGCACAUCACAUGAUUUAACUGACCGUUGUCCUCCUCCCUCACCUGUCCGUUUCUAUGACUACAGGGUCACGUAAACGCCCUCCCCCCCUUCCCCACUCUUUCUCUCCAUCUCCACCUUUGUUUCUCUCCUGCUCCACCGGACCUCAUUUCAUUCAGCACUCCCGAACCUCCGACAGCUCCAUAACUAUAACUCUCUGCUGGCUGUCCUCCCCUCCUCUCUUCUCUUCAUCCACAGCUAAAUGACUCUGUCAGAAAUAAAGAGCACUUAUCUUAUCUACUGCCUCCACUCUGCUUUCCCUUUCCCCGCCAACGUCACGCGCACAAACACACGCACACAGAGACAGACAGAAAAAACAACACACUCUUGAAUUUCUGCAGUCGUACUCGCUCUCCUUAAACAUUUUUAUUCUCCUUUUUUUAUACCUGUGUGUUAAUUAUUCUCUCAAAGGUAGAGGAUUCAGUCUUCUUCUUCUUCUUCUGCAAGAUUUCCGCUUCCUGUUCUGACUCAAAGUCUUUAGAAGGAAAGACAACAACCUGCACUGUAGAGAACCGACAGGUAGAUGGAGGCUUGACAGAGGACAGCUGUCCACUUAUUCUGUUCUGCUGCACGCACACACACACACACUCACACACACUUGCCUUCCUCUUCCUCCUCUUCUCCUGUCAUCCCCUCUCUCUCCUCCCUGUGGCGUGAAGGAGAGAGAGGAAAAGAGAAGAGCAGGAUCUACAGCUAUCGGCAGCUAGCUGAGCUGAGGACUUACUGUGUGUGUUUCUUUGAGCGCGUUAUAGUGUGUUUGUGUGUACAAGCCACCUACCAGGCGCCCAGCGGGGGGCACGGAGGGAUGAGAGGAGAGAAGGGAGGACGAGGGAGGAGGGGGAGAGUGUGUGUGAUUGGUAUAAAACUCCUCACAAGAACAACACACAGACCGGCAAUUCAGAAGGUGUUCACCCUGAAUACUCCAUCACCUGUAGUGACGUUAUGGAGCGCAAAACUGACGCACAUUCUGUCUCUCCUUCACACACAUGUUCCUGCAUUUACAUGACUAGAAAUUACAUUUAUUAAAAGUCAUCCUGAGUGAAUGAGCUUGUCGUUGUGUGAGGGGUUGUCCUUUGUUCGCCGCUCUGGAGUCCUGCGUGGAGGAAGAGGAGAAACAGAGGCAGCCCGCUCGCUCGCUCGGCUCAGAGCAGAGAGUGGAUGUGUGUGUGUGUAUGCGAGUGGAUGCGUAAGAGACGCGGAGAUGAAAAGAGUGAUAAUUCUCCUGCUACCCUGAGGCCUCUCGCUGCCUUGCGGACUCGCUAUAGGUCCCCUGAUACAUGCCUGAACAGAAAGCCAGGGCCCACUAAUUGGCCCCUAUGAUAACACCAGCGAGAAAGACCGUGUGUGUGUGUGUGUGUGUGUGUGUGUGUGUGUGUUUGUGUUUCUGCAGAAAGCUUAUAUUUUCCACGAGUAAUAAUUUAUUGGUUUGUAAUUCUGCUUUGAAGGCUGUUUGACUUGUACGCUGUGAAGACAUUUGUUAUGAUCUGCAAACUCAUUGAAGUCGGAAGCCACUGAAAGACAAUUAAAGCGUAUACGCCAGUUCAAAGCGCAGCCUCCAUCUUUAAACAGCUUGUUUCUCUCUAAUUGUUUCAUUAUCUCAGUGUGCUUAUUAAAUGUGCGAUAAUUGUUAAUUACCACAUGAGGAUUUGUAAAGGAUUUGUCUUGAGUAUCAAAACAAAUUAAUUAAACUGAACACAUUUAAAACAACACUAAUGAUAACAGCAGGUGGAGUGUGUGCGAGUGUGUGUUUGAGUACACGUCCGCAUUUCUACUUCUCUGGCUGUUUGUUUGAAUCUUUAUCUUUAAUUGAGAUUCAUAGGAGGAAUUUAAAUGAGAUUCAAAUGAGAUUCAGAGCUAAUUGUAGCAGCACAGGUAAUAUGCAGAUAGAUUUAACGAUGAUUCAGUGUAUCUCGCAUUGUAACGAGACUUUGAUUGGACCAUUGGAAGACACGAGCGGGAUCGUUACUGCGUGCUGGAGAGAAAGUGGGAAAGAAAGGAAGCGUUGUUCAUGAGUAUUUCAAUGUAGAUUCAGAAGAGAAGCUCCUCAUUUCAAGUUACUGAAAAUUCAAAAUAGAGAGUAAGUCCUUUUUCUGAAUAAACUUCAAGAUCAUUUAGAAAUCUCCAGUUUGGUUGCAGUGUGAGAAAAGGUUAAAAAAAAAAGCGACUCCCUUCAAAAUGAGGCUACCGUACUGUACAUGGGACUCCAUACACCCACCAGUUUACUCUGUAUAAAAUCCAGCUGCUCCCAACAGCUGGGACAUUAUAAGUAAAUAAAACACAGCUCCUGAGCUUGCACAUACACGCACGCACACACACGUCAACACUUGUUCUUCUGUUGUCUUCCACACAAGAGCGGCGAGUAGUUUCCUUCCUUGUCUACUGCUGUACAUACGCCAUGACAGAUGUGCACUGCUGAACACUGUAUAUUCAUCCAUAAUACAUUCACUAUGAUUUAAUUAAUGGGUAAGGCGUUAUGCCACUAAUCAGUAUGUGUGGGCAUGUUUAGGUAUUUGUGUUUCUUUGGGGGUAAAAGGGGGUGAGGGGCAUUUGGAUUUUUAUAUCCGUCUUCUCUCUUUUAUAUCCAUGAUUUGUCUUUUAAGCUGCGAUGUGAACUGUUUGGAGAACUUUUGAGGUAGAUAUUUUUCACUUUCCUCACUAAAUUCAAAUCUACAUUAUAAAACACAAGUGUGCAGAUGGGCACACACACACACUUCUAUAUACAAUACAAACAGAGCAAAUACACACUCAUCUAUGAUGCUCACACACUCAUUAAAGGAUUCUCACACACCAGGUAGCUUGAGCAAACUGAAAACAAAGGCAUGCUGAUGAGCCGAACAAUGAGACUAAUAUUCUUGGGAACUGGUUAAAGCCCAGCAGUAGGCAAGAGGCUCUCUCUACUGUACGACUGCAGUAUUGAUAGAUGCUGCAGAGCCCGAGUCCACAGUCCCACUUUAUUUCAAUUAGCUCACAGGAAGCAGGAAAUAACCUGCAAAUCAAUUGUCAUUUCUACGGGGCCGAGGCUGCAGGCUGAGAUUCACUUUGUCCCCCAAUAAAAGACGAUGUAAGCCAUGAAGAAGAUUAAAGGGAAAUAUCCUCCACACAUACUCCCUGGCUGUUGUACAGUUUAUCAUUACUGUGUGAUGCUCGAUGCCUUUAAGGCUGUUAUGGUUAUUUAUUGAAAUAUGUUGCUGUGGUGCACACACAGUCUUGUCAAAAGCUGCAGAUAUUCACAGUAUAUCCCAGAGUCCUAAUUUGAUCAUCCAGUCAUCAUAACACGCUGCAUUAUGAGUUUUUGUUAUGGUGGUGUACUCUGGUCUAAUAAGGGUAACAGACUUUGUCUGAACAGCUCUAUAUGCAGAGGUGUGUCCAGAUUUUUGACUUGGGGCGGCCCAGCUGGGGCACUGACUCAUGCAGUCCUGACAUUGGGCAUUUUUGAGCAAACUCUACAAACCAUUAGCAGCAUGUUAAAACAACACAGUGCAGAUAGUUCAUUUGAACACAAGCCUCCAUUCUGACACAUCUUGUCUGGGAUUUUGGGUGACCCCAUGAGUGUCUUAUCAGUUUCUAAGGCUAGUCUAACUGUCUCCACACACCGAGCACGAGUAAAAUCAUUCGCGCGAAUGAAUUACAUGUUAAGUCAAUGCAAAGACACGAACAGACACUCCUACUACUCUGGCGGCGCAAAUGCGGCGAAUUGGGCGGGAGCUUAAAAUGUCUUAACUUGAGCGAAUAUUCACGGCGCAAUAACUAAUCAGCACGAAAGCUGCUGGGUGAUGUAUGAAAACGGACGGUUGUUCACUGGUAUCCGUAGUGGAGGAAAAACAGGUGCCCCAAAUUAUAUGAUACCUUUCCUUUCAUUUACCGAAACCAGAAUAAAAAUUUACCUGGUAAAUUGUAAAAGACCUUUGUCUAUCACUUGAUCCCGCUGGUUGAAUUGGCAGGGAUUACCGUUGAAAUUACCAUUGACGUGCAAAUGAAGCAAGUAAAUAUUAUUCAUUCACAUGUUUAGAUUCACGUGAAUUAAACGGGUAGAUGAUCUUACUCGCGCUUAAGUCUAUCUGGCCACCCUGAAUCCACCCCUGAUUUUACGAAGUGUGAAACAUGUCAGUUACACCAAAACCUGCAUGGAAAAUGUGUCUGUGGCGCACGUGAAAACAUUUCUAGCUAGUAGGUGUGCGUGCUUUACAAGGGUAUUUUCAGGCUAGGUGAACAGACGGGAUAAAUACACAGCAGAAAUGAACCUAUUGACUCUGCUCGAGUGUUUUUAAAGAAGACCUCCUGUUUCGAUUCAGUGCUUCUUCAUGACGGAGUACAGCCUGCAUUAAAUCAUCCUCUGUAUCACACCUUGAAAAUAAAUGUGUUGAAUGCUGAUGUUCCCUUUUAAUGACCACACAUAGUGACAGAAACCAGAAGUGCGGGAAGCCAUGUUAGCGCCAUGAAACCCACUGAGAGGCUUUUAGUACAGGGGGGGUUAAGAAAGAGAGGUCAAUAUGGAUUGCAACCAAGCAAGAUAUGGAAGCUUAUAUGUUGUAUGAUCAUAUCAGAAAACACAGUCAUGUAUGAACCCCACUUUACGGCACAUCUCACACACAAACACACACUCAGGUGGAAAAAAAAAAAAAAGGCAGUGCAGUGUGAUUUGUUUGUGUUGUUGGUGCAGUGGACUGAAGCGAUGGAGGUAGUAACUGUUUGAUGGUAGGCUUUAUGGAGACACUAUAUAACGCCUGUGACAGUUUAUUCAGUACAUGUCAGGAAGGGGGGAUUUGUGACACUACAAUGGCUGAGACACUCCUGCAGCCUCAUGCACUUAUGCACCCACUAUUCACAGCUCCAGAGGGAAAGAUGAGUGAGGGAGACGUGGAUCUGUUUGCAUGUUAAACGUCACCGAUCAGAGUGCAAAAAUAACACCCAAACAGAGCUGUAACUUGAGAAAACAAAAAGUACUAAAAUCAGAAACUGGGGGAAUUUUCAGAAAAUAAAACCUUUUUUAAUUUUAGAGGCUAAUUAAAAUGUAAGAUCACACUCGUGCAUCGACUCGCUCUAGCAGACACAAAAGUCUACAACACUUUAAUGAGAGAUUUUCCCUAUGCUUCACUUCUACACUGACAGCCAAUCGGACGCCAAACUGAGAUCGUUAGACGGCACAUUUUCUUUACAGCGAAGGAAAUUCUGCCUCUGUUUCGCACUAACUUUUUGUCCCGCUAGUUAUUCCCCAAGGUCCAUUAGCUGAGCUCUCAUUGGUUCUCCUCUGGGCUGGAUGCUAUUAGCCCUGUGAUUGGGUAUUGAAUUAGCCUGCUGAUUGGGUAUUGAAGGAGUGAAGACUGAUGAGAGGAUUUGGCGAAGCUUUCUUCUCCAAACCUCAUUACUCACUUUCAUACUCAAAGAGAGUAGAGCUGGGAGACACACACAGUGACUCACACUAACACACACACACAUGUACACGGGGACAUUUGUGUCGUACCUGAACUCACACAAAGAUUUCUAGAGUUGAUUUGACUACUUAAACACCCUCCUGAUUCACAUCCCUGCAGGUACAGAACAGUCUCUUCUCUCACAGUUCAGCUUUAACACCCUCCACAGUUAAAACCUGCUAAUAUAAAAAAAAACAUAUUUUAUAUCUUUUAUGAGCGCAGACUGAGCAUACUGGGAGAAAACAGGACAAAAAUUCCCAUUGGGAUCACCUGUGAUAAAACAUAGCAUAUGAUAGCGUAUGGUAUUGUGUGCUAUCGUAUGGUAUCCUUUCCUGCCAUAUCAUCUAUUAUCCUAUUCUAUCCUACUGUACCCAUUCUGUCAUACGUAUCUGUCGUAUUGUACUCUAUCCCAUCCUUUCCUAUCAUAUCGUAUUGAAUCGAAUUGUAUUGUACUCAACAGUAACAUAACAUACUGUAGGGAAGAAUAUUUUUUGGUGUCAUAUCACAUCCGAUUAUACUCCAGCACUGAAACCUUAUGGAUUAUAAGGCUUUAGGUAGAUUCUUACUUCACAGUUGUGUAUUGUAACUUAUUACAGUUCUGUUUCAUACAAAUUGUAUUGUAUCCAUAAAUGAUACAAUACAAAUAAAUCCAUAAAUUCAGAAAUGUUUGAGCACAGGGGUGGGAAUCACCAGUGUGAUUACGAUACGAUAUUAUCACGAUACUUGGGCCACGAUACGAUAUUAUUGUGAUUUUUAACAUUUUGCAAUACAGUGAGUAUUGCGAUACAAUAUAUUGCGAUUUAUAAAAUAUUUUCAACCGUUUAGCUAAUUUAUCAUUUGUCUUUCCUUUAUGUUUGUUUUAUUUACACUGUAUUUUAUGUUCAUGUAGUACAUCUUGCAAACCUUAUGUAUAUUUGUUGCACUAACUUCCUCCUGCUCUAUGAUGUCACCUCUGCCAACCUCACUGGACGAACAGUUGAUUUUAGUUUUCUAUUAUCAUAUAUUUGACUUCAUGUUAGCAAUUAAUUUGAAAAAAUUUAUUCUUGGUAAAUGAGACGAUACGAUAUGUCACCAGACAAAAUAUCUCGAUACUAUGCUGUAUCGAUUUUUUCUCCCAUCCUGACUUGAGCAUAACAAAAACAUCUAAAAUGCAUGUAGUACAAUGUAUGAUCAUAUGCUGUAGAGGGAAGACUGUGAUACGAACAGAAAAAAAGUAUUUGUAAAUCCCAUCACACCUUUUUUUUUUUCUUUUUUUUAUAAUCAAUAUACAAGCUAGAGAUAGAGAGAUGGAGCAAACUGAAAACCACCAAACAAAAUUAUUUUGUGAUACACUGCAUGAAAAGGUGCUGCAGAGACUAAAGACACUGAAAGAAAAAGGUCUCUGCACUGAAAAGAAAGUGCUGUUGGCCCAGGAGAGUGCUGCAUGCAAUUGGAAGCCGCUAAAGAGAGGGAUGUGUGAAGGGCUUUGAGCUGAUUUAUGCUGUGUUUCAUCCCACAAUAAAGAUUAUGGAUGAUGAUAUUGAUUUAGCCGGGGCUGUGGCCAUGACUGGACUCCGGCUCUCAGGUUGUUUGAAAAGAGAAUUUAGCUCAUUAUCAUUCUCAGACACAGUGUGGAAGCCUUUCUCUGAACAUGUGUUUCGUGUGUGUGUGUGUGUGUGUGUGUGUGGUUGUCUUAGAUCAUCCUCUGAAUUAGCAGCACAUCUCUCUUCUCCUUUAGUGUUUGUGCGAGUGUUUGAGUGUUGAACCUUAUCCUGUCCUCCUGUUUCACGAGCUACAGAGUGAACAGCAGGCGUUCCCAGCAGCACAGCAGAGCAGACCAGGAGGGAGGGAUGAAGUUAUUGACUCCACUUUGAUUUAACCUCUCCUGCCUGAUCCCCAAGAGCACACACAUACAUGCAUGCAUGCGGGGAGAUUCUCAAAAUAAGAGCUGCCAUCACAGGGAAGUGGAUGAAAAAGAAGGAACUCAGAGCAUAUUUGGGGCCUUUGACCUUGGGUAUAGGGAUUAUUUCAGGAUUGGUGUCUGCUCUCUAUUUCCUUCUCAGCAAUGAAACUGAUUUUUAAUGAGUGAUUUACAGCCGACAGUAAUUAUAAUCUAACAUAUUUUCCCUCUCUUAACCGACACUAAAGUUGUUCUUGUCCAAAGAGGGAGAAAACUUCUUUGUUAUCGUGACUGAUCGACCAUGGCUCUUGUUUUUCCCUCUGUAAAGUACUCUGAAUGGCUCUGUGUAUGAAUGGUGCUCUAUAAGUUAACUUGUCUUGCCUUCCUUUGCCGAGAUCCAAACAGGGGGGCUUGUUUAUAGCGCUAUGGAGAAUGGACAAACAAUAUUUCUUUCACGACUUUUUAUAGGCGGCCCAUUUUAAGAUAAUUUCUGGGCUUUUUUUGACUUAAUGUAAUAGAAAAAGUUGAGAGUUAUGCACUAAAUGCUGCUGGAUCAGGAAUCGAUCCAACUGCAAGUGUGACGUGGACUAUAGUUCUGGAUAUGAGGAACCUGCUCCGUCACCUGAGCUUCACCAGGACCCCAGGACCAUUUUCUUUUACACAUUUUCGAAUCAUAGGUCAUAUUAGGGCUGGGCGAUAUGGCCUCAAAUCAAUAUCAUGAUAUAUUGAGCAGUUCACCUCGAUAUUGAUAAAUGGGCCAUAACUACUCCACAAGCUGGGGCGGCAGUAGCUCAGGAGGUAGAGCGGUCGUCCAAUAACCGGAAGGUUGGCAGUUCGAUUCCCCCCCUAAUCCAAGUCUGUCCGUUGUGUCCUUGGGCAAGACACUUAACCCACCUUGCUCCCAGUGUGUGUCCUCCACUGGUGUAUGAUUGUGAGUGUUGUGUGGUGGUGGUCGGAGAGGCCGUAGGCGCAGAAUGGCAGCCACGUUUCCACCACCAUCAAAGUGUGACUGUGUGAGCGAAUGAAUGAUGUAUCCAAUGUAAAGCGCUUUGAGGGUCUCUGAUAAAGCGCUAUAUGAAAUCUGAUGCAUUAUUAUUAUUAUUAAGCUGCUCACCCCCUCCCACAUUAACUUCGUCUUCUUCAGCUGCCGUUCCAAAUGCUCCAAAUUUUGUCUUUCCCUCUUUGUUACGGACUGGAUGUGGUGGAGUCUGAAGUAGGACGCGUCUUAUAGGGACAUGAGACCACAGCCUACCUACACACACCCAAAACCAACUUUUAUUAAUUUAUUCUUUUGACACCGAAUAUAUCGAUAUGGGUAAAAUGACGUUGGUUAUUGUCGUAAAUUUUGGUAUCGGUAAAUUUUCAGUUCAUCGCCCAGCCCUAGGUCAUAUUAAAGUUGUGAGAGUUACUCAGAAAUAAAAUUCAAUAUUAAGAAUAACUUGUAAAAAAAACAAAUUACAAAAAUUUCCUUCAACUCUAACCACACUUUCCAUUCCCAGUAGGGCUGGUUCACGUGUACAUAUUCACACCAACACUUCGCAGCUUUUUACAUUAAAACAUUUUGACAAUAAACGAGACAAAAUACCUCAACAUUCAGCCAAGGCAAGCAACAGCGCUGAGGAUGUUUACUGACUAUAAACAGCACUUAGAAACAGUGAAUUCCCACCUUUGGAUCUGCAGGGUUUACACACUCACACUCCAAACAAAACACAGCAUGCCCCCUAAUUAUGUCCAACUGAAUUCUGGGAAGCCGCCUCGAGAGCAUUGAGAUGAUUUUCCAUUUGGUUAAAGGGAAACUUCUCGUUUUGAGCAGUUUUUGUAAACUCUCCAUCAAAUUCUGGCAUCGUAACAAAGAAGCAGACCUUGAAGAUUUAAAGCUUUAACACUCAAGUACAGGAGUUUUCUUUUACUUGUUCUGUUGUAGUGCACAGUAUGUGCUCGUUUGACAGUAAGGAGACAGUGAACUUUCUCUGCAUAUUAUGUUGGUUUAGCUAAACGCAUCUAUGUUCUGCUAAUACACCCCCUUUUUUAGAGCUGAAACAACGGCUAUUAAUACGAGUGAUAUCACUGAAUGCUGUGUUGCUGUGUUGCUGUUGGAGUUGUUGAACAGGACAAUGGCGCCAAAGUGCACUUCUCUUUAAUUAAUUACCCGCUUUUGUUUCUGGAGGCGACACACACACACACACACACACAUACACACACACACACACGCACACAGAUAGAUAGAUAAUUGCACACAUGUACACACUCAAAAAGCCACUAGAGUUUGGUUUUUAGAGGAAAAAAAAAAGGAGGAAGCUAGGGAAAGAGGAAGAGGGUAAUAUCAGCAGGCUAUCUAUCCUCUCCUCCACUGGUGCAUCCCAAUCCUCUUUGGAAAUAACAAAUGCAUAAAGGAACCACAACACAAAUAUAUCUGCCUGGCUCAGAUAGAUAGGGCUAUGCGAGAGUUUAAUACCCUUAUGUAAACCAGUAACAAUCAAGCCCUAACACACACCCCCACAUCACCACUAAGGGGACAAUAAGGAACACGCUCUAUUCUCUCUCUCUCUCUCUCUCUCUCUCCAGAUAUGAAGUGAGGAGCAAUCGUAUGAGUGUGUGUGUAUGUGUGUGUGUUUGUGUGUGCAAGAAAGAGAGGGAGAGCAAGCUGUUUUCUUCUGCAGAUAGCGAACAAUGCAGUAGCACAGAUUGGUCGGCUCCCUGGUGCUCGUUGUGUUGGUUGUUGUUCCAGAAACAGGGAGUGAUAUAGACCUUGACCUCAGAGACUACAGCACGUCUGAUACUCCGUUUCACUCAUCUUCACCAUCCACUCUUUUGAUAUCUCACUCUGCAUCCCUCUGCGCCAAUUUUUUGUUAUACUUUUGCCUCCUCUCUCAUUCUCCCUCCGCUCUGUUUUUUUCCUCCUCUCGCUAAAAACUGACGAUUCAGUAGACAAAGAGAGGAGCGACACUAAAAAAAAAACCCAGCUGCCCAUUUGUCUUCAAAAAUGUUGCCGCUGACAAGUAAUCCAAAACCGGGGAAAACACUCCAGGACUGACACAUUUAUCAAAUUAAUUUGUGUAACAUCUACGGCACAUAUGGCAGGUUUACUUACUUUGGGACACUCAGGAAAAGUUAUCACUGCCUUAUAAUUUAUCUUGGCUUCAAAAACUAAAAUAAACCACAAUUUUGCAUCACUUCCAAACGGCUCACACACACAUUUUGAACAGGAGGGGAGGAAAAACGACAGGGCUGUUUUUCUAAAGGUGGAUCAAUAUAAUUAGUAUGCCAUGCGUGUGUGUGUGUGUGCUUCUGUAUGUGUGUGUUUUUAUGAGGGGGUAUAGACAGGAGUUAGGGUAGCAAAGGUUAAUAUCAUACAUCAGCUGCCAUCUGCAUACAUCUCUGAAGGAGAAAAAUCCUCUGUGUCUUUGCUCUCAGUAGGGUUGAUCGCUGUACGAUUAUACACCUGCUGACAUUUUACGCUUUCUAGAUGGAGAAAAUUAUAUCCAUAAGAGCUCAAUUAAUAAGUUAAUACAGUCUCUGUGGCAGUGCGAGUCCCUCCGCAGAAGUACACUGUGAUAUUUGAGGUAUUAAAACCCCCAUUUCUAAUCGGCAGAGCUGAACACAACAUACAUUUCUCCUCUUUUCUUCUUCUUCUUCUUCUAACGUUACCAGCAUCUCUGCGGGGUUUUCAUUAUCAAAGUCUUUACAAGUUACUGUGUGCGAGAGGAGCAGCAGUCGUCUCAAAGAUGUAAAGAAUCUGACUUUUCACUGCAAGCUCAGCGAGACAUGAUCAACAUCAGUAAACCGAACGCUCACACAAAGUGAAACCCAAUGCAGUGCAAAGGGAGACAGUCAGACAAAGUGUGUGUGCGGAUAUUUGAGUGUGCAUUGCUGGCUUGUCCAUACCUGACUGCGUGCAUGCACCGCUGGUGUUUUUGUGUGUGUGUGUGUGUCUUUGUGUGUGAUUGUGAUGAAGUUCGCCUUGAUCAUCAAGCUUAAUGCUGCUCUCUCUCUCUUUCUCUCUCGCUCUCUCAGCCAUAUAAGACCCUUCUAGGAAAGCAUCAAAUAUUUAUACAACAUUAUCCCUGAUCCUAUAGCCUGUAAGUAAAGAAAAACACUCUGCUGACUUUCAUUGCAUUACAGAGGUUCAGGAUUCAGGCUCUGGUUUUGGUUUCGAGUUGUUGUUACAGAUUCAUCGCCUUUCAUCCAGCAGCAGCCUUUUUGGGGAAGACUCAGCUGGUUGUGCCGACACCCCGCCGUGUAAAUUGUAAAGCAAAGAAAAUGCACCGUCACAAAUGUUGUUUACGGCUCUCACCGCUGGGUUUGUGGCGGUUUUUUGAUAGAGUGAUUGAAGGGGGAGACGGUGGAAAAAUAGAGAAAGAGAAGGCGUAGAGAGUAUUAAUUCUACAUCCCAGACACUGAAUGGCUGCUGUUGUUCUGAAGGCUGUUUUAUGGAGCAGAAACAGCCUGAUCUCUGUGUUGUUUUCUCCCUGAUUGAUUGCCCCGGCCCGAGGCUCCUUGGAGUGUGCUGCGUUUUGUCGGAGUAUUUACUGGAAUGUUGGGAGGAUAAAAAUCACAGCCUCAGUCAUCGCAUAACAGAGGCCUGGCAGCAAAUACAAACUCAAAGAAAAGGCACGGGAAGCCCACACAGACAGGCAAAUGGGGACACGGAGGGAGAGACACAUGAGAUCAUAUGGCAUGAAGAAGCAGACGUACUGCACUAUAAAGAGACUGCAGGCACACACAAAUACACUUUAAAUCUCGACAGUUGUUGCACAUUUGGCUCUGCAACAACCAGAGUUUCCUGCAUAGCUUAAGAUUUAAGACAACUCUAAAAACAUCAGUUAUUUCUUGAUCUUUAAAAUAGGGCUGGGUGAUAAAACGAUAGCAAUAUAUAUCGAAAAUUAAUUUUCCUCAAUAUCAAUCUAAAUACUGUCAAUAUGCUUUUCGAUAGUUGGCAUUCUGCCAUGUUUUGGUAGACUAUGCGAAUAGCCAAUGAAAAGCAGAGUCGCUCCAGGUCUACUUCGUGCUGAACCAAUCAUGUGCUGAAUUAGAACCAAGUAGCAAAGAACUGCGUAGUACACAGCUCCGCGCAACCAUAGCACUUUAACACGUGAAGCCGACAGCACUGUUGGUGAGAAAAAAAGAAAAUGAGUUUUACUCCCGGCAGAAGUGCAGAUGAAGGCUGGACAGAUGAUGACACUGUGGACAACACUGGCACGAAAACGUCAAUGGUGUGGAGGUAUUUUGUUUUUUUGAGGUCGGACAUAAAGCAGAGUAAUGUGCACUGAAAAUUAUGUCGAGUACAUCUUCUCGCAAAGUCGGGGAGUACCUCAAAUCUUUUUCACCACCUGGAGCAGUGCCACGCAGCAGAGCACGCGCAAUGCAAAAGGUUACAAACCCCGAGCAGAGCAAGGAGCCCAUGGCGCCUGUGCGGCCAAAACAGCGGACCAUUCAGUCCGCUCACUAGCGCAACGCCUUACAACACAAUGUCAGAGAGACACAAAAACUUCAGAAAUGCAGUAGCUUAUUAUAUUGCAAAAGACAUGCUACCAAUAAGCACUGUUAAAUUUCAUUUUUAUAUCAUGAUAUAUAUCGAUAUCGACUGAUGUGAAAAAAAUAUAUAGUUAUAAACUUUUUCCCAUAUCGCCCAGCCCCACUGAAAAAUUUCUAAGCACCUCGGUUUCAUAAUUCCUCCCAAGUGAAUCUAGUUUUGACUUGUUGUAGCUGGAAAACACAGGUGCAGCUAAUACCUUUAAUGAGAUUUCAUUUCAUACCAAUAUGAAGUAGCAAUUAGCUGUGUUAGUGUUUACACCUGUGUUUGGCAGGCCGUCCAAUCAAGCUCUAUGUAUCAUUAAUGAAGGAUUUGAGUUUUCACAUUAACGCCUCGAUCAGAGAAAAAUUUAAAUAUUCAUCGCUUGACUCUUAAAGUUCCUAUGAGGAGUUUUUUUAAUGUUUAUAAAAUACACUGAAUUUCCUUAUGAUGCCAUUUCAUGUUAUCAAAAUGCAAACACGACCAUGAACUACAAAACCGAUAAUAUGUAUAUCCUACUUUCCUAUGCCUGAAACCGCUGUGAUGGGGUAGGUGUCAGCCAAGCAGCAGAAGAAACAACCCUGUUUUUACAAUAUCCAUAUUAAAUAUUCACACUAAACCACACAGCUGACUGUCAGAACUUAGGAAGAUAAGGUUUGUUGUCAAUAGUCAAUAGGUUAGCCAAGACUGCUCAGUCCACAGGGGGCGCCAGAGUUGACACAAGCUGAAAGUUUCUCACUGGAGCUUUAACAAUAGUGUACAACUUUGACUGAAAAUCUCAGUCAGAAAACCUGAGCUUUAUAAUCCUCUGUCUUCUUCACCCUGCAAGGGGAGCACUAAAAAAUUUCAGCAUGUUUGAUGCAGCAAAAAAAAAAACAAAGAAUCAGAGUCCAUCUUUGUGACUCAUUUCAGUAACAGAACUGUGUCCAUUUUCAAGCUUUUAACUCAUCAUUUGGAGAGGGAAAAGAUAGUACGUAGAGCUGGAAACUGGGAAAGAGAGUCAGGAGUGAUACGAAGGAAAGAAACCACAGGCUGGAGCUGAACUUGGGCUGACUGUUUGUGGACUAUAGCCUCUGUACAUGAGGUAAGACUACAGACCAAUCUGGUGCUCCAUAUAUGAAGCUUUAAACGAGCAAUGUAAGAGCCUUGGGCAGUUGCAGAAAAUAUUGUUAAUACUAAGAACUUGAUAACUUUGUGACAGUGGCAACUACACCGGAAAUUAUGGGCUUCUGAUUGGUCAAAACCUUCAACAAUGUAAGUAGUCCUCAAAAGCAAAAGCAACACUAGAGACCACCAGAUCAGACCUCUGCAGCAUUCGGGUCUUUCUCACCCUGUUGGGAUUCUGACUUGCCUAAACUUUACCCCUCCUGUGACCGAGCAGAUGUGUCUAAAAAGAAGAUUUCUUUCGCUUUAAGUUAGGAUCUUACAAACUUGCCGAGGUAGAGCUUGAGUUUAGGUGAAUGCGCGCCUCCUCUCACUCCUCUCUGUUUGACAACACACUGUAACGGGAUCAUUUGCUGUGCUUUCCACCAUCGAUUUCACCGCACACCUCGGGCGCAUUCAUGUUUCAAAAGUAAGGAAUCCGUUUGUUACAGACAUACAGAAGUCUCUGGUGUCCCGCUCGGCAGUCAGGAAUGAAAAUCUAAUUUACACAGCUUAACCUCCGAUUUCUCAAAACAAGUACAAGCAUAUCGAGGUGGGUUUUCAGGUUUUUUUUUGGUUUUUUUUUCAGGUUUUUUAGGAAUUGUGCUCGCUGUCAAAUCAACGCUUCUAUGCCGAACAGUUUUCUGUGUGCACCGAGGUGAUGAAAGCAGGGGGUGGCCUGCUGGAGUCAGAUAUGCAGUCACACUGUGAUAUGCUGUGGACAGGACAGCCCUUGGCUCUGUCUGUCAGCAUGUGAAGCCCCGUGUGUGUGCAGCCGUGUGGACCGAGCGGCUCAGGGUUCCCCUCAGCUGCAGGCCUGUCAUGAUGACAGAGAGACAGACUGACACGGUGAAGCUCUGAGAGGUCGCAGCCUUCAAUCUGCUGCCUUUUUCUGUCCAUCCAUUCAUGUUUCUCACUUUCUCUCAUUCAGACUCUCGCUGUCGAACCCCUUUUCUCUAAGGGUGUCAUGAAAACAAAAUGAGGGUGUUUUAGAAAGUUUCCAUCUGUAGAGAAUAAAUUAACAUCUUUGUAAAGUUAGGACUAUACUUUACAAAUGAAGUAAUACGAUAGAGAAAGUACAAAUCACAUCAAUUAUUUCACCUGCCUUUGCAGCAAUACACAGCUUGUGUGUGUGUGUUUGUGUGUGUGUGUGAAUGUAUUGUGUCUCUGAUGUGCUGUAGGAGGGGAGGCUGAUUGCGUAAUCCUAAAAACCUCAAAACGGUGCUUGUCAGAUGGCAUUCUGCCCACUCUGCAGAUUACUGCUCAGAUUAAAACACAAUGAACCCUGGGAGGGUGUGGGAGAUAACAGCCCCAAUUUGUGGGUUUCGGUGAGUGUGUGCCUCACUGAUGCUUAUAUACUGUUGUCAAUGCAAGUGCGUGCAGACUUUUUGUUACUGCAUGUCCUGUGGUCAUAUGUUACAUGCUCAUUUUCCUGUAGUGUAAGGAAACACACACACACGCACACACACACACACACAUCUCCUUUACUAGCCUGGGGGUCUUGCAGCCUCUUAUGAGUCCUCGGUGGCAGAGGGAGGAGAGAACAAGAGGCUGACUACAUUUAAGUGGCAGCAGACAGCAGAGACACAGAGAUUUACGUCUCUUAUUCCAGCACACAGAGGUUUAAAGGAGCUCAGGAUGUGAUUAAGAGAAACUACUUCUUUAAUACUAUAAUGCUUGAAUGUCUGCUGGCAAACGCAGCUGCUAAGAGUGUGUGUGUGUGUGUGUGUGUGUGUGUGUGGAAGCUCUUCCACAAAGAGGACUUACCAAAUAUAGGCAAUACUGUAGGGAAGCUGCACACAGUUUAAUAAUGGUGAAAUGUAGCUCUGUUCGUUUCUGUUUGAUGAAUGCCAAAUACCUCAUCGUCUGCCUCCUGUCUGCUCACUUUUCUCCACAUCCUUAUUCUGUCUGCAACCACGCCAAGUGUGUGUGUGUGUGUGUGUGUGUGUGUGUGUGUGUGUGUGUGUGUGUGUGUGUGUGUGUGUGUGCGUGUGUGUGUGUGUGCGUGUGUGUGUGUGCAUUCUCAUUCUGUCAGGUUUAUUUCUGUUAUGUUUCUUAAUUAGCUAAUAAAGGUCAUGGCAUCUCUCAGUCAGGGGGGGCCGGCGCAUGCAAAUGAACGAGAAGGUCAGAUGGAUUAGUGACCGCCUCACACCGCCCAAAUAUGGACACGACCGCGCUGUCAUACAAAUACCUGCAGAAAUGAAACCAUCACACCCACACACACACACACACACACACACACACACACACACACACACACACACACGAAACAGGAAUAUAAAUCUGCCUUGUGAACUUGACAGUGUUUAUAAGUGUUUAUAGUGAUCUUGUAGUGCCGUCUGCUGAGGUAAGAGAGCAUGAGCUCUUUCUAGCAAAUUCUCAAGAUUUCUUUCUUCUUUUUUUUUGACUGGCCCUGUGAGUGAAAUGUGAGCAUUUUUGUCGGCAGGAAACAGAAGACUCGAAAUGUGGUCUUUGCUUAACCUUAAAGAGCCGCGCCGUCAUUUUUGCUGAUGCAGACGCUGAGAAAAAGCCCCAUGUGUCACUUUUGUGGGCUGUCCCAGGUUAGACAAAUUUAACUGUAACACAAAGACAACAUACCGAACUAGUAGGUUUUUGCUUUGAGUUGACAACUUUUAAAUAAAGAAUAGAAAAUCUAUAGAUCCACUGACCAGCUGGUUACUCAUGACUUGAAUAUCAAUACACCGUUCUUGUUUCCUGUUUGAAAGCCUACUUCUUGACCUUAAAGCUGCAGUCAGGAACUUUCUGUUUUGGUGAUUUAAGCGCCCUCUGUGUAUGAAAUUCACACGCAUCACUCAGAGAAUAUUUACUUUGGUUUCAAAUCACUCUAAAUCAUCUGGUUUGGCAUCGUGUCAGCUGUCAGUUUUAUAUCACUUACAUCACUUUUAAUUUAAGUCUAUCAUAAGUAGCUGAAAACUCCUCAAGGGGCUCAAAGAAUCACUUUCUCAAUGAUGAAAUUUAAUUUAGGGCGCUGACGAACAAUGCUGUUUAGGCAGGUCAGAGAUUGCUCCGUGGAGACAUAAAGACGGCUGAUCUCUGCACUAAGUUGUUUAUUUUAUAGGACUUGAUGUUACUUAAAACAACAAUCCUUGUUUUUUCCUCUCGUUUUAUCCAGUUUCUUCCAAGGGCUGACGGCACAAAAUAUCAUCUUAUCCUGAUGUACAAGGAAGAAAAAAAAGAGAAACACUCACCACCCUCAUUAAAUAGGGGGCUGUUUAGAUUAUGUGAAGCACUCCCAAGAUGCUUUUCUGCACCAAACAUGUGGCGUAGAAAUGCUUGCGUAGAUAAGAUAAAGAGAAGGCACAGAUGCUCUGGUGCUGACACAGAUGAUGCUGUGGUGCUGCAGUGGAUCUGUUAUUGUAGUCUUUAGGUCUAGCACCUCUCGCAGUUGAGCUUGUCUCCGUGUCCUUUAGCCCUAAAUCACCCACCUGUCUCCAUGUGUGAAAGCUCUCUCUCCCUCGCUGCCUCUAUAACUCAUUCUGACUGUCCCGCUUCCCUCUCUCUCUCUCCCUCUCUUUUUUCAGCAUCUCACUCUCUCCACCUCUCCCAUAACUCACCGGGUCUCUCUCUACGCUCUCCCCUCUCUUAGAGCCAUUCAUGAUUAUACCUUUGAAACACUUUCCUCCCCUCUCUCUCUCUCUCUUUUCCCUCUCCGCCUCUCUCCUCCUGUCUACGACUCUCAAUCCUUCUCUAAACAAUGUUCAAAUCCACUUUUGACACAGCAUCAAAGCUCUUGGUCACAGCGCUUCUCCCCUUUUCUUGUUGUGCAUCUCUUCCAAAUCCCACCAUUCAUCUCUUUCUCUCGGGUGGGAGGUUGUCUGGCCGCCUGCCUGACUUACAGCAGGCAGAGUGAUGGACACAGGGUGAGACCCAGUGCAUUACACUCCUCUGCAACACAGCACAACAGAGAAGGGACACUUCUUUAUAACACUGCUCUGAAUACAUAAAGAUGCAGCGAGAAAGAUGAUAGACAAACUAGAGCUGGAGUGGAGUGGGAAUGAUAAACAGGGCUUCGCUCUGGGGGAGCAUCUCCAGUCUUUGAGCUCAUUAUGUUCAUGAGGAGGAGAUAAAAACACAGGCACAUAUCAGCCUGAGUGGAACCUCAAAAAACAGAGAUGUGAAUUUAAGCCAAACUUUCUCGCGCACAUUGAAAUAAAUGGUAGUGAGCUCACCUACUAUCUGGAGUCGCAGGCUGUUUGGCCCGCAGCAUUAAAAGUGCAGCUAAGAACAAGUCAGACUCUGUCAGUGGCAUAUCUUCAGCUCUGCAGACCUUCAUACUAGAAGAUAGAGAGAAUGAAACUGUCUUUGUUUAGCUCCUCCACCUCCUCCUCCUCCUCCUCCUCCCACUCUUUUUUCACUCUGAAACCCACAAUCUAGAUGCUGUCUUCAACACACCCUGCAAGCCUGAGAUGCCCUAAACUGAAAAGAAAAACUUCUCUGGAGCACAUACACAGAAUAAAAUAUACAAACACUCCUCCAGGGGUGUGCUUUACAGACAAUGGAAAGUGCAUUGAACCUUUCUCUCAAUUCAGAAGUCCAGUGUUUUUCCUCUCUUCUAGACAUUAGAUUUGCCUAAAAAUUUUAAAGACUCAUAUAAUUUUCACCCACUUAUCUUGAUGUACGCGAGUUAUUCCGCAGCCCUGACCCCCUCUGCCUUAAACAAAGAGUCAACCCUUCCCUAAAGCCCCCUCUGACUUUGUCUCCCCUCUCAUCUUCUUCUCUCAAGAUUUUCAAAAUCCUGUCAUCUGAACGUCUCAGCAGGUCCCUGAGGACGGAAGAUUUAACGCCAUCUUCAGAGGGACUUGAAAAAGGUCCGAUCCAUAAUCACGAGAGUGCCUGCGCCCUCGGCAGAAUUACAAUAACAUUCAACAUUGAAAUGACUGAGCUGGAUAUGUGUAUCUGCUGUAUAUCACUGCCAGUCAUGAGUCAUACUGCAGGACGAGCCGAGCUGUGCGCUCAGUUUUACUUUCAUGCUAUUAUCCUGCAGAUUAAGUGCUAGGGUGACCAUUGUAUUACUGCUGAGCAUGUUAGCUACUUGUUCCCCACGCGGAUACAAUGGAAUAUAAUUAGUCGAUAGCUGUUACGCACUUGGGUGUCAGUUAGCCACUAAUAAAUGCUAACAACAAAGAGCGAGGCCGUAUGUCAUUUGCUGCAUUAGCUACUGUGCGGUUUUGUCGGGCAGACUGCGUGUGAGAACAUUACAUUACAUACAUUAGCAGUGCUUCCAUUCUGUAUCAGGCCUCUGAUUACAAUAAAUGCUCCAUCGCAUUGUAAGCAUGGCCUUUACAAUAAUGGGCCAUAAAUUAAUACAGUGCUCAGCAGCAAAUACUAUUAUGCCAUCAGUGUUUACAGUACAGACAUGUAUAUAUGGCUGGAUUGGUGGAUAAUUACCAUUCAGUCCAAGUCUACAGCCACUUACUGUCCAUUCGUCACCAUGCUAAAGGAGGGCUUAGCAUUCUGAUCAAGAGUAUCAAUGCCCCAAAUACGCACUGAUUCCAACCGAGAUCAAUAAGUGCAUCAUUAGCUGGGUCCUAUCACUAUUAAAAUACAGCAGCAGCAGCAGCAGGAGGAGGCUGGAUGGCUUUCCUUUAAUCUUACAGAAAAGACGAGCAGGUGUGAAAAGCUUAUUAAGGUAUAAUUCACUGCUCUGUCUGUGUCGUUUGGGCUUUGCGUUAUCACCGAGAUCAUCCGCACACACAUGAAUGAGCGGCAAGAAAGCAUGUAUGUGCGUCUAUGUGAGAGGGCUGCAUGUGUGUGUGUUGAGGGUGGGGGUGCUUCCAUAUGAAAUGUACACGAGGCUGAAUCUCAGUGGUGUUAAUGGCUUUUUAAAUGUCAGGGAAAGUCAGGGAAUGAUAAAAGAGAGAUCUGUUAUCCACUGUCCUCAUGAUCACCGACGAGCACGCCACCACCGCUUCUGCUGCUCUCACCUCACCCAGGAGCCUUAGCCUCUGUGUGUGUGUAUGUGUAUGUGUGUGUGUGUGUAUGUAGGAGUAGGCCAACUUCCACCCGCGCUGAUGUCAGCAUGAUUUAUGCACCAAUCAGAUUAGCUCUGAGAGAGAGAAUGAGAGAAAGAGAGCGGGGAGGGGGCGUCAGACAUUACUGGCUGCUUUAUUGUCGUGUUUUUCAUCUUGUAUGUGGAUGGAUCAGAACUGAGUGAUAAAUAAAGAUCACUUCAGCUGAUGCAGUUUUGUACUUGACCCAAUACAUGCUCUAUUAUGUGUUGGUGUAGUAUGUAUUCACUUUAAGUACCACAAGGAAGGUAGUCACAAACUGUAGACUACUUGACCUGCUAAAGAUCAUAGAAAUACAUCUUUAUACUCCUACAAAUAAUAUCAAUCUGAAAUUGAUAAACACAGCUUAAUUUUAUGGACUUAUUUUCAGAAAGAAACCUUUACAUGAGCUAAAAGCAAAGACAACCAUCAUUACUUCAGCGUACCCCUCUUAAAGGGAUAUCCCAGCGUAAAAUUAAUUUCAGGUCAAACACACCGUAACACUGAGUUAGACACCCCAUUGAGAGAUGAAUGUUGCCGACCACUUACUUCUCUAGUUAAACCAACUUUAGUAACGACCGCGGGAUAGCAAUACACAGCGGUCUGAGGAGCCACACACAAACCUCAACCAAAAUGCCACUCUAUAGCCACAAAUAAUGCUCAGAACAGCACCUAACUUCAUCAACAGUACAUAUAGGGUCCCAGCCAUAGCACUAGCCACCAAACAUCUUUUUAGCUUUGUCUAAUUUCUUUAGAAAACAGACUAAACACAACUCACCUACUCUCUUCCAGCAGCCGCUUGUUUGUAGCGAGACCUCGGGCCAGUCCAUUAUGGACUACAGCCGCUCAGAGAAGAACAUUUAUGAUCAUUUGUUUAUCAUUUCCUUGAAGUAAUAAUCAUCAUAUUAACCAUUUUGCACUGCAGACACGGUAGUUCUUCUGCCUAAGCGUCUCAGUCUGAUUGCAUUUCCAUGAAGUAGUGAUCAUAAAUGUUCUUCUUUGAGCUGUGUCACCCCACAGCAGUCCGUAAUGGACUGGCCUGAGGUCUCACUUCAAACAAGCGGCUGCUGGAAGAGAGUAGCUGAGUUGUGUUUAGUCUCUUUGCUAAAGAAAGAAAGUGAAAUACAGUAUGCAGCAAAAAAGCAGUUUUGAUGUCAAAGAUGCACCGUGAGUUACGCUUUUGACCGUUUUAAGAAAGCAGGAUGAGGUUUUUAGUCAGGAAUUACUCAAAUUUAACUCUGUUAACUAUUCAGCCUUUAACUAUACCUUUGAUUUCAAUAACAGUAGUCUAAAUCUGUUGGUUUUGUUCAAAAUUCACUUAAGUUAACAUUAAAACCAGCAUAAAGUUGGACUUUAAGGAGAUACUCUAUGGGAGCUGGGGAUCCCCUUUCUACCUUGUGCUCCAGUGUUUUACUGAAGUCUUACAAGUGUAAUGUGAAGGUUCAAGGUUAGGUGGUUGGAUAACUCUACACAGCAGGAUGGAGGCAGAUAACUUUCUUAACAGCACUUUCACUGUUCAGCCAUCUUGUCAUGAACCACAACAUGACCCAAAAACUAACAUCCUGGACAACCCUGAUCACAGGUCACAGCACCUACCAAUCAGAGGCUAGGAACUCAAAGUAAAUGUAAAUGAACCUCAGAAACAUUCUGUAUAAUCUGCUCACCCUCACAAACAGCUGCAGAGAAAAGCAUUCAAACUUGUAAAAAGGACCUGUCAACACUAGUAGUUCUCUGUAUGAAUUCUAUAAACACAUUUUUUUAGCUUAACUUAAAGACAGUUUACUGUAAGAGUUAACAGAAAUAUAUGAAUUGACUUCACUGUUGAAGCUCACACAAGCACUCAGUCAACAACAUGCACCAUGAGAACUGCAUUUACACGUUUACUAACAACGAAGCUACACAGACCCACAACAAAACCGAGAUAUAAUGCACACACUGCAGCAACACACGCACGAAAAAAACACGCGCACAUACCUGUUGUUGGGCUUGACUUCCUGAGUCCAUCUUCCUCUGAAGUUGGUGCCAAUAAUCCAGAAUUUCACUGUGAUGCAUUUUCGGAGUUACAAGCCCAUAGCUUUACUACAAACAAGAACUUUUUAUCCUCGAUGUCCGGUAAAACGGGGCUUUCUUUCAUGCCACCUAUCCGCUUCCUUGUCCAACCAGUCUGAAGGUCCUCUGGAGCAAACUAGUCUAGCCUUAAAGUCAGCUGAGAGCUUCAGUCCGCGUUAGCUCCUGAUGUCUCUGCUUUAUCUCCGUCCUCCUUCCAACUCAGCCUUUUAGAAGUGAAUCCAAACUUAUAAAGGAUUGUGCUUUUCUUUCUCUUUGACAUAUUUUCCCACACAUAGCACACGGUGCGUUUGAACCAUAGACUGUAGAUAGAUAGAUACUAUGGACAACUUGGUUCCGCCUUCCGCCGGUAUAUGGAUUUAAAGCCAAGAAGCUCUCGGUAAUUGCGCGUUUUUUCUCCACUUCCGGGAAGCGAAUUUUUUUUUUUUUUUUUUGUAGGAUGGCGGGUGAAGGUCCCGCCCUCCUUCGCCUCUGAUUGGCCCCAAGUGCUAGGCUCUGAUUGGUUAUUCCUUAUGGCUGUGAAACAUGUCUGUCGGGUUAGGUUUAUGGCUAGGAUUAGGAUGAGGGUUAGGAGAUAAUGGUCUGUAAUGUUCUGUUCAGUGUACAAAGCCGACAGCCGCGUCUGGUUUAAGCGUGUGAUGACGUUUCCAGCUUUUCUAGCCAAUCAGAGGCAAAGGAGGCGGGACUUUGCCCUAACAACCUACAAAAAAAAAAUAUCGCUUGCUGGAAUCACCACUUGCACAUUAGCAUUGUAUGCAAUCGGCGGGAGAGUUGCCGGGAGUUGCUGUGAUAACGCUCGGCUCAACCAGCAUAUCCCCCAGGUGAGCUACGCAAUCUUCGUACACCCAUAGGCUGUAUCAGGUGUCAUCAUAGAAAACAUGAACCUCCUAAUAACUUGUAAAAACGGAGCUGCACAUUAAAAAGAGGACUUGAGCACAAACAAGUCUUACAAUACAUGUCAACAUCGCAAGCGGGGGGAAGGGCAUUUUUAUGGCAAAAGAGUUUAUCAGCUGGUGGAAGAAGACUGUUUUCAAUAGUAGCCCUGUACAUGAACUGGUUCACACAACUUCACACAACUGCAUCAGCUCUGUUCCACCAGUACUAAAAACAACCCCAGAUCAUCAACAAUCCACCCUCAUAUUUUACUGUAGGGGCAAGAAGGUCUGAUUUUUUGUCUUCUCCAGGCCUCCUCCUGGCCAGUAAGUUGGCUGGAGUGGGCAUCAACUCAAAACUGGAUUCAUCAAGUGUAACUGACACUUCCUCUGCCUUUCAUUGAUAAAGGGCUUCUUCUGCGCCCUGUGUGACUUCAGACCAGCUUCAAGAAGAUGAUUUCAAACUGUUCCUGCUGAACAAGUCACAUUUCUUGACAGCACCCACUCAUUUUUGAGGCCCCUGGAGGUCUGAUGAUGGUUCCUGACACAGGGUAGAAAGACGUUUCCUUCCUAGCAAUUUGGCAGUACCGUGUUUGGCUUGCUUUUUCAUGGUGUAAUGAACAGCUGUCUUGGAGAUCCUCAGUAAUUUGGCUACCUGUCUCUUACUUGUGCAUAUUUCCAGCAUUGCCAAGAUGGCUGCCUUUAUGGCUUCACUCAAUUCUUUUGUCUUAGGCAUUAUGUUGGAGCUGACAACUUCUGAGUUGUGCCAUGACUUGAAUGUUAGCGGUAAACAACUCUAGGCCUUUGCAUGUGUAGUGCUGCUAAUGACAUGAAAUGGCCUCUUAUAUACCCUGGGAAAACAAUUAAGUGUGUCAAAUAAGACAUAAAAUAUUAUGGAAUUAGCUGCGUUUUUAGUUACGCUCAUCAUAUUCUUCAGGUAAUACACCUUUAGUGGUAUCAAGAGUUAAAAUGAACAAGAAAUUGAAAAAAACAAGGGUGGUCCAAUAAUUUUUUCUAUGACUGUAAGUGGAGUAAAGCAGAAAUGGAAACGUCAAGCUAAAUAAAGUCGAAAGACAAUUAAAGUUUUUUUUGUUUUGUUUUUUUUUUUUUGUCAAAAUAAGGCCCAAGUUAAAAAAUAAGCCUGCCCAGCUCUGCUUCUAACACAUGUUUAGGAUAAGAUUGGCAAAGACAAAAAGAAAGAAUAAUUGAAAACUUUUCCAGUGUAUUUAAUAAGACAAAAGCUACAUCAGUGGUGUAUUUCCACACACAGGAACACAGACACACACCGGUGGAGGCUGAGACUCAGUUCAAGUAUCUGGGUCAGGAUCUGCCUUUAUUUUUUAACCAGCAAACCUUUGCUGAAGGGCAAAAAACAAACUGAACUCUAUUAAAUAAACUGUGUGUAAGUACCUGAGCAUGUCUACCUGUGAGCGUGUAUGACUUUGUGUGUGUGUGUGUGUGUGUAGACUGCACAGUGUCCUGGUCUGCUCUAACAGAGGGUUGAGUGAUGUCACAGCAGACUGCAUUUUAAUAGAGAGGGAAGCAAUUAGAGAGGGGACAGGGCAGGAGGUGGAGAGAUGGAGGGGCUGUCUGUGUGACACACUAACCACAGUUCACACACAUUUACACACACACUCACACACACACACAUAGAAACACACACACACUCAUUACUAAGGAUGAGUUAAUUAAUUGCACCGUGAUUCACGGUACUUGUAAUUAAUCUCAAAGGUAUGUGAGUGUGUUUUUGAGAGGUGACUCUUCUUCUUUCCAUUUAUAACACACACUCAUGCACACGCACGCGCACACACACAUUCAUUUUACAGACUUACACACCAGUUUUCUCCAUUAUGUUUUACAAUAAUGAAAAUUUUGAAAAAAAAAAAUCCUUUCACCCCCUAUUCUUGUUCCCAAAUUUAUUCUAGCUUUUUGAAUGAAACGUUGAUACCUUUGUAACCUACAUCCAUUUUCUAAUAGUUUACUGUGUCUUAAAGAAACUGUAAAGAACCUUUAUUUCCCGUACAAUGAAUGAUCACAUUUGAAGGUUUAUAAAGACAGUUUAAAGGCAGAAUAUGAGUGUGUGAUUUCGGUGCCUUCAGGGGAGUUGUAUUUCUCAGAACAGACAGUAAAACAGUAAGAGCUUACACUGUUUAAGUGAAUAAAUGAUAGAGAUGAGGCCAUCAAACCUACUCAGCACUCUGCGUAUAGUCGUAGAUUUGUAUUUGGUGAAAAAGAUUUCCAUCUAAAGGGCUCUUAUUUUGUUGGGAGACAGACAGGAAAAGCCUUAUGUGGUCUCACAGUCAUUUACCUUGCAUACUGUGUUACAUCAUGUCCUGGCAGAAAUUGCUUUCAUUCCUCUUUAGAGCUCUUAGCACAUUGCUUUCUUAUUUUUGGAUCGCUCCAGUUGAAAAAUUAUACAUAUUAAUCUUGGCCCCCUUUACCCAUGAUCCUUUGCAUUUAUCAGUACGAGCGGGAGUGGUGGGGCAAUCACAUUUGGAAAUUAAACAAAUAAAAAAGUUGAAGAUAGCUGGGUGAGUGAUGAGAGCAGCAAAUUGGUAGCAGCAUAAAUCUCCGCCUGCUGCCUCCACACGUUUGGAUAUUGUUAUGAUUUUACCGUGUUUGCAUAUAUGAGCCUAAUUUAUUAGAAUCAAACACCAUCAGGCUUAUUUACAAGCCAGCUCUGGUCGGCUGCCAAUAAGCCCAUUAAGUGCAUUGUUGGAGAGUGGUUAUAUGAUCAAAUACACAAUAGUAAUUGUAAGAGGAGAGAGGCCAGAGCGUUUCUCAAUGAGGUGAUUAUCUGCACGCAGGUUAUUGUGCUAUUUCAGCACCACAUGUAAAUCAACAUCUCUGUCGAUCACAUCUGGAUGUCAGAGAAAUGAGGAGUGAAAACAGCAGUGACAACUUUAAAGGAUGAAGAGGGGAGAAGAAAAGUACAAGAAACCAGAGAGAAAAGCUGUAUCCAUAAAUAUGUGAUAUUUGAUAUGUAUGCUCAUCACUAAUUUCUUGGUCUGUUUUUGUUUUCCAAUAGUGUGGAUGUUUGUUUGAUAAUGUUGAUAACAUAUUGAAUUGUGAUCAUCUACACACAUUUUAUUUUAAGUCAUCUCUUGAGAAGUGUUAAAGAGGAAAUAUCAUGCUGUUUCAUUUUCAUGUAUCUAAUAUUCAUACCGAUAUGAGCAAAGUUUCAAAUCAGCACACGGACUUAUGUCUAAGUAAUCCCACAGGUUUCAGAUUUGUCUACAUACUGCUCUACAAGCUGGGUUUUACGCUUUAUAAAAUAAGCUGUUCCUGUAAUAGUCGCACAGGGGGGAAUUCUAAUUCAAUUUUUUUUCUCACCUUAGAAAUUUGUAACAUCACCAAGUCAUGAAACAUGUCACCAGGUCAUCCUCUGGUGCAGCUGCAAAGCCAGCCAAUCAGAAGAGAGGUGGGUGUGAGGGAGGGGGGACCUUAAAAAGACAGUACCUAGAUUCCCCUGAGGUUGAACCUAAAGUUGUUACAGACACUGAGGCAAAAUAAUGAGGACUUUUUCAUUGUGGAUUAUAAAAGCUGUAACAAAACUGGUGCCCUACAAAGGUUUUCUGAUUGGACAGCUCAAUGAGGAAAAAAACUGUUGAUCCAGAUUGGUUUAAACCUCAAUAAGCACAAAAGUUAAGCUAGUUUCAUAUUUUUUAAUGUAGCUUCAUGUUAAGAGACUGCUAUAUCAGUAUAUUAAUACUGACAUUUUGGGGAUAUGUUACAUGAGCUUCAUAAAAAAAAUAAAAUAAAAAAAAACAGCUCACUGACAUUUCAACACACCUUAAAUACAGCCUAACACAUGCAUGAACAUCUUCCUCACUGUGUGCUGCCUUCAAGAAAUCAUACAAACACACCCAUGUGUACAAACUACACACACACACUCACUGACUGACACAAAAAGAGACAGAGAAUACAGGGGUCCAGGGCUAAGUAAGCGGUGCAGCAGGUUAUGCGUCAUUUACUGCAGCUCAAUAACAACCUUUCUCUCCGCCCGACACACCUGAUCACACAAAAUGACACUCGCUGCCCUUUGAGAAAACACACACACACACACACACACACACACACACACACACACACACACACACACACACACACACACACACACACACACACACACACAUCUCCUUCCACCCUAUGGUGGCCUUAACCAGACACAUAACAUCUCCACUCUACUAUCUGCCCCUGACAGAUGUAUUUAUGUAAUGGUUUUGAUGGCUAUUGAUUCACACGGCAGAGCCAGUUAAGAAACAGAGAAAAAUGAGAUUUUAAAAUCAACAUGGCUCUAAGGUGUUCUAGUGUGUGUGUGUGUGUGUCGCAGAUAAAGCCUAAGAAAAAGACAAUGCAGGGGGCGCAGGGAGAAAAGGUAAGAGAGGAAAAGCUGAGUGAGAUAGCGGUGAGCAGUGUUUGUGAAACAUCCAGACGGAGGAGUGACGGGACAGACUGAAAACAUGCUAAACUCUGUGUGUGUGUGUGAGAGUGUGCUUUAGUGUGACCUUGGCGUGGCCUGGUGGUAAAGUGGGGCGUCAAGAGAGUCAGUGUGAGAGCAGCCAAGCGUUCUACCUCAGAUUAGCGGGCUUUAUUACUGCCACCAACCACUGGCCUGACAAAUCCUCUUAUUUCAUUUUACCUUCCUUUACCUCUACCUUUCUUUUACUCUUUUCCUCUCUCUUUUAUUCCCUUAAAACCUUCCCUCCCUCAUUUUUUUUUGCCUCACACUUUUUCCCUCUGACUCUCUGGUACCUUUGCAUGCUUUACCUUACACCCUGUAGUUUCACCUCAGUGUGUAACAGCCGCACAUUUUAUUCCCUCAGUUUUUCUCCUUCCCAUACCUCUGCAGGUCUUUUCCUACCUUCCCGAUCCCCCCUGUCCAUAACCCCUUUUUUUCCACAUCCCCUCCCCCUGUCUCUCUAUACAGUGUGAUGAAUCUGUAGACAGGGGCUAAUAAUUGUACUUCAGCCCAAGUGCUCAUUUUUCUUUGUGUUUGAAAGCUGUGACAGGCAGGGGCUCUUUUUUUCCCUCCUUCUCCCCCCCUCACCCCCUCUUUUCUCUCUCUCUUUUCUUCCCUCCUCACACAAUGGGUGAGUAAAAUAACUCAGGGUUUACAAGGUCAUGCUGUCUAGCGGUGAGGACACGCUGGGGAUUUGGAGGUUGGGAGGAUUUCCUCAAAGGUGCCGUGUUGAGGCUUCAAUAAAAACAGAGAAAGUUAUAGAUUGCAGGCAGAUCUACAGGGGGACAUAAGUGUGUUUGAUAGUGAACAGGCUCAUUGAAUCACUGCUACAGUAUCUUGAUUCAAAUGUUAUCAAUGCUGCUUCCUCUGAGUGUUUAUAAGAGAACAUGAAGCAGGGAGAUACACCUGCUUUGCCACGUGUACGCCAUCCUCACAACUUUCAUCUUCUACUUCUAAUGCUUUAUUCCUGUUAUAUGGAAAAGUCGCUUCUUAUUUUAGUGUGUUUGUGAGCUGUGUUGUGCUUUAAAAGUCUGCCAAACUGAAAGGAAAGUCAAUUUUAGUGCCACUAGUUAAGACACAAAUAAUACACAGCACAGAGAGAGAGAGAAAGAGAGUUGUGCUGUACAAGCUUUGUGAUCCUUUAAUCUAAUGAAAAAGUCAUUUUUCAAAUCUGAAAAACAAGACUUAUAAAAUAAAGAGAUUUUCUUUUAACAAGCAGUUUUGUCCCUUUAAUAAAAUGCACUAAUGAAGUAAAAAAGGACUCUGGGGGAAUGAUUGUUUAAUUUACUUAUGCUGCAGUUGUUAAAAUAAUCCGUGAUCGGAGGCUUAAAUAGAACUCUGCAAGGCAAAUAUGCAGAUAUCGAAAGGAAAUAACAUUUCCAUCGACUGUACAGAGGUACUUUAUGAAAAUUGAUCAACCGUUUUAAUCACAAUGUCAUCCCCAAAAGAGAGCAAUGGAAGGAGUGAAGGGGUGAGGUGGAGGGAGGGGAAGAGGGAGUAGGACUUUAUUGCCGGCUGUAGUUAGAUGGUAAAUUUCCUCCUGGCAGAUAUUUAUUGAGUUAGUCGAGUCUAGAGAGAGCUUUAACAUUGAUUGUGAUCAUUAAAUAUAUCCGCUCGAAAUGGCAACAUGGCAUUCCCUCAGUCAAUGGAGCCGAUAGAAGCAGAACAAAGGCAUGAUCAGAUCAAUCCUCUCAUAAUUAUUCUCUGAGAGGUAGAAUUAAUCACAAGAAGAAAUAAAAACAAUAAUGGAAAAUGAAACGGUCAGUCGUAAACAAUUAUUGCCCAAAUUGAAAUAAAGUCAGCCGAGGGGAAAAAAAAAUCAACGGUAAAUCCAACUAAUUAAAAUAUCAUUCAAAUGUAUAUUGGUUAUUUGGUUUACACCAGCUUUGGGUUAUUAUAUUGUCUUGUUCUGUUGUUAUAAGAGAGGGUGAUAAAGAGGCAAAGAAAUGAAGAGAGACAGAGACCAAGUGUGUGUCUAUGUGUGUGCGCGCGUGUGUGUGUGUGUGUGUGUGUGUGGAGGGCCUAGGGUCAAAGGAUCAAGGUCCCACUCCUGUGAGAGCCCUGCUUCUAUCUCCUCGCUGCUCGCUGAGAGGAAGUGUAGCUCAUUGAUUAGCUAUCAGAUGAUUCCGAUAGGACCUGAUCGAUAGGACUUUGAGAGCCAGGCAGGACCCUCCCUUUUUACUCAAACACACACUCACACACCCCGGGAUCGAACACUGCAGUGCAGCGCCGCACCGACGUCUGGUUGUUUGUUGGUCUCUUGAAGAUUCUUCUUUGUGUCUGAGUCCGCCCCCCUGACCGAAGGCUCCCUCAAUCGCUCCGUCUGCUUCCUAAAGCUCCUCUUUCAUAGAGUUGUCAUUGAUAAGCUGAACCUGCAAGCUUGGCUGAGCAGGAUGAUGUCACACACUCACAGGUUUAAUAGGUGGAGCUGCAGGUUUUAGUGCUCUGGUUUCACAGGAUCCAGACACUGUGUGGAAUAGACAGGUAGGACUCUGAAACAGACGUGGGACAAAAUCAUUGUUUUGUGAGUAACAAGUGUUUGGUCUCAGAUCCUGAGUCAGGUCUAAAGUCCUUAACUUUGGAUUUUAAGUCCUGAACACGCCAUCAUCAUGUUCCCCCAAAUGAAAUGCAAAUUCAAGAGAGUAUUAACCUUUUUAUUUUCUCAAUUGAUGAAUGCUUUUUAAGAUUAUAAGACGUAGAGUUAAACAGUGACACCAGUGUGACUGAACUUUAUUACACAUGAUGAGCUGUGGAUGCAGAAAGGAGGAACUUUUUUUUCAAAAAUAUUGUGCAGAUGAAAAAAUACUUCACUGCAUUUUAGUAGUCUUUUUUUGUGUUUUUAUAGCUACCUGGUAUUUUAUGAUUGUUUUUAUCGUAUAUAAGUCCCGCUCUGCACUUUUUCCCAAUUUUUCCCUCUGGGGACCAUGAAGUUUAUCUAAUCUACUCUGUAAAUGAUCCAAAAAUAGAGAAUCAGGCACUAAAUAUUUAAGGGAUAAUAAAGAGUCAUUGUUGAAAAUGAUCCCAGACAAAGUGAGUCAGAACAACAACACAAGUUGCAGUGCAAUAAUACAACUAACAAAAAAAUAAAAAAAUGAGCUUGAAAAAUAUUUGUGGCUAUUCCUUCAAUAACUCUGGUAUUCAACUAUGUAAACAAUCCACUUCGUGUUUAGUUCUAGUAAUUGAUCGGAUGUCGGUGGGUGCUUUACACAAGUUGGAUUCAGAGAAGAUGAAAAUAGCAUCAAAAUUAGCUGGAGUGAAGAGAAAAGAUUCAUGGCACUUUUUUUCAAAUAAUACACACCUUUAAAUUGCAGGUGUUUUCCAAGUUUCUCGUCUUAAGUCCAAGUAAAGUUACGAGAUCAUGAUACUAAAACUCCAGUCAAGUUGUAAGUCUUUUGUGGUGCGGUGAAGUCGAGUGCAAAGUUAUCAAAUUUUUUACUUAACUUUAACAGAAGUUGUGUUUCCAGUAACUAUAAAUGUUUGUGAUUAUACUCGUGUUUAUUCGUUACUAUAUAAGACUUUGUCUUGAAGCUGGGAGCUGAUUUAGUGAGGGCAAACCUGACAAAAAUCUCAGGUAUGAAUCUUUCCUCCUGGAAGCAGCUCACAGGGUCUUGUAGUAAAAUUAUUUCUUAAGAACUCGGUCUUGAAUUAUUUGUUACUAAAGAAGUAAAAUUUAAGUGAGUAAUAUGUUUUAGUAAAUUCAGAGGAGGCAACACCAAAUAGGGAGUGAACAGGUUCAAACAAUAAGCAUCAUGGGAAGACAAAACCAGCCAACCUGCUGGUAAAUAGUGUAAUGAAUGAGCAGGUCAGAACCAUGGACAGAGCCUAUUAUUAAUACUUUGUCAGUGCAGUUUGUUGAUUUUACCUGUUAAAUAUGAAAACAGUUCAGUCUUUCAUUUUAAAGUUACUGAUGUGGUUUUUAAUAAAUCUAAAUAACGUGUAAAGACUGAAAAGAGGUCAAUACUACUGACAGCUUCAUUAAAGUAUCUGCUUGUUUUCUCACUUAAUUCCCGUGUAAAUAUAACACAUGGACAGAGUGUGUGUCUGUGUUUGUGUGCCCUGUUUCCCAGGUAUGAACUAUACUGUGAAAAAAACAGUGAUAAGACACCUGUCCUCUGACUACAGUACAGAUUAAAACCAGGCAGGACACCCAUAUCAGUAUCUGAGCAGGUCACACCUGUGUGAAGGCUGGCCUGUUUCUGACCAAAUGUGAGCGUAUGUUCUGUGAGUUAGUGAGCGAGGAAGCGUUUGGAGAAAAAGGAUGAUUAAAGCAGUUAUGAAACCCUGAGAAACUCUGUAUGUAGGACUACUUACAUAUUUGACAAUCCAUUUAAAGGAGUGUGAGUCACCUGCGUGAAGGUGUGGUUGAUCUGUUUUUAGCACACAGGUUUAAAGGUGAAGGCAUAUGAACAAAGCAGAGAAAAUUUAAUAUUUUUAAUGUAAUAAUAACUCAUCAAAGACUCUGUUAAUGUUAACACUGAGCACAUUUUUAAAAUCAGAAACAGUUCAUUUUGGUCAGUGUUUCUCCCUGCACAAAUAUCUCCCCCUAAUGGCUCAAGAAUGAACAGACCUCCACUCUCUGCGUCUGAAAGGAUUCACACAUGUGCCUUUAAAAAAAUGAGUUUUAUUUAACAUUUGGUUUCUCUUUUUCUCUUUUCUCUCUUACAGACAUCAUAAAACUGGACUGCUGAUGUUUCAAGAGCAACCUACGGCACUCAGACUGCCAUAAAGCACAACGUCUCCAAAGCGUCCCAACGUCAGCUUCAGGGCAACUUCAAAGCUAGAGUCCAAUAUUAAAACGGUGACAACGAUAUAACAACAUGAGACUGGGAUCACUCACAUUCAUCUAGGAGGAAACACAGAAAUCAAAUGUCCUGGACUCUGGAAAAAAGAUCCUCCAACAUCUGUAUUUGCUACUCAAAGGGACAUGGAUCAUCCUAGGAAUACCUCCAAAUUGGUGUUUAGACUUACCAGAGUUUAGAUUAUUAAAACAUAGGUUGAGUCAAAUAGCAAAAAGGAAAAUGUAAGACGUCCACACCUGUUUAGCACAUGCCCAGAUAUCAGGAUACUGUAAAUAUUGUACAGAAAAGGAAUAGGACCAUUGAUAAGAAAUGAAAUUAUUACAGAAUAAUGUAUAUAGCCACUAUACCCCUAACGCUAGUGUGUUUAUUAACCAUGAGUGUCACAUGUCCAUCAUACCUUGUUUCUUCUACGCCCAAAAAAGAUUCAGCACAGAAUUUAAAUAACCCCCGUAAUGAAAAGGAAACAUCAACAUUAAAAUAGGACAUAAUAAAGGAUACUAGAUAAACAAACAUAACCUGGGAAGACGGAAAUAUGCCAUGUAGUGCACUAUUCUGGAGACAGAUGCAAAAUGAAACCCUGCAUUUUUAGCUGGACAGGAGAGUUUGAAAUCGACACACAGAGAGAGAAAAACUUAGAAGAUCCCUGAAUUGAUCAAAAACAUCCCCUUCUCAUUGUAAACUACCACCGCAGGGCUGCACACAGCUUUCAUUUAUUUAAUAGAGUGUAUAUGAAUCCUUCCUCUACUGUGUAUGUAGUGUGUUUUAGUCCCCAUAGUGACGUGACAUAUCCAGAUGGACACCCGUGGUUUGGCAGCUUUCUUGUACAGUCAGAGUACAGUUACCUUUUAUUACCUUCACACCUAAAUGGAUGUCACUAUGACCUGCUGCCCUUCCUCCAGCUGAUCCCCCUGCACCACCUCCACCUCCUCUUCCACCUCCUCUGUCUGUCAGAGGGCCUGUAUGCCCGCCGACCUCUCUGCGACCAGCCGCUCGCUCAGCUCCCACAGGCUAGCGGCGCUGCUCUGGUCCUGGGCCUGCAUCGACGGCAGGCAGCGGAAGCAGUUGUUGAAGUACAUGCCGCCCAACCCUUCCAGCUCUGGAGCAGCAGCGCAGUACACGGUGGUGGCCGCCCCUUGUUGCUGCGGACAGAGACACAUGCAGAAAGAGAUAUUAUGAGUACAAGACGGCAUCAGCAGCCUGCAGGAGGAGACAAAACACAGAGAACUCACACACGGACAUUGGGACAUGUCCUGUCCUUAAAUAAAAGAGAGAGAGGACGAUAUGCUCUGUCCUCUACAUCUACACGCACACACUUACACACACAGACGGACACAGGUAGAAAGAGACAGCAGGACAGUGCCAACAGGAAAAAAAAGACUUCAGGUGCUGUCUCUCCCCUCCCCUCGCAGCCCUUGAUGACUGGGUCAUAUUACCUUGGGAACAGCAUAACCCCCUCCAAUGUACAUAUAUUUAUAUACAUAUCUUUAUUUAUUUAUUUAUUUCUCUACCUGCUGUGUACAGGACCUCUGGCUACAUGGGACCAUAAGAAUGCUAAAGAUGUACAAAUUCACAUGGGAAGGGGAAGGUGAGAACAUGAAUGAGAAAAUAAAGGACACCAGCUCCUGUCUGGAUAGUAAUCACCGUGGAAACCACAGCUUUUAUGUACAUGUGUAAAAGAGCAGGCUUUAAGUCCAUGGUUAUCAAAGUGUAUAUUUUCACAUGAUGUGUACAGGGAUACAGUCAGGCUCUUAAAGUUGGGAAUAAGUAUUGCAAAUGAUGCACCUACAAUUCUGUACUUUAGUGUUAAAAUCAGGUGUGGGUUGGUUAUAGAUACACAAUAUUUUCACACACAAUUAGCAAACAUAAACACACAAACACACAAACACCACAAGGCUUCUGCCCUCAGCUCUUUCUCUGUGAGCUCUCUCAGGCUAAUUCAAGAUCUAAAGAUCACUCAAGUCUCGGCCCAGAAAUUGACUCGGUUUCUCAUCGUCUUGAGCUGAGACGACUGAAAAAGUAACGUCGCACUUAUCAACCUGCUAAGUUCUCUAAUGCACCCUGUCCCAUCAGUCAGUAAUUAGCAGGGAUGUUCUCGGGGGGAGGAAGAGUUCUGUGACAUUUGAAAAUGAAAGUUGAAACUGCAGCAGAAUAAACACGUCAGAGUGAAUUACACACAUAACCCAACUGCUCAAAGAGGGAUCUUUCAUGUUGUAGCUCCAGCUAAAAGCUGCUGUGACAGCUUCCUUGCAAACUCCGGGGCUGGAGACGACUUCUAUACGGCCACAUGAAAUGGCUCGCCGCUUUAUCUCUCAAUGAGAGGCAGCGGGAGUGAGAUGGGGGGGAGGAAGGGACACUGCUGUGAAGACUGAGGACUAAUGUUCAGCACAGAGCACUGGCACAGAGUGAGACAACCCUAUAUACGCAAACAAACAUACAAAACAUGCAUAAUGGAGCCACGGUACAUGCCAACUGUUUGAACAGCUUCAUGGAGCAGCUGUGAGACCGACACACAUGAAGUGCAAAGAUCCAUUCAGAUCUGAAGCACUCAUACUUUCACAUGCAAGUACAACAAAAAUAUGCAGAGGAAUGCAAAUGCAAUAAAUGAAACACACACACACUAACACACACGCAAACCAGUUUCCAAGAAAUUAUUUCUCAUCCAUACUCACACAUACACAACCCCCUCUAAGUUAACUUCCGCCAGGAGGAGCCCUGGUUGGUAGCAGAAUUGCAGAAGCAGAUUGAGCGUGUUUGAAGUGCAGUGUGAUGAUAGAGCGGGUAAACAGCAGAUGAAAGGGCAGCAUCUCUCUGUGUGCCGCUGUCUGUCUCACCUGCCAGCGGGGCGAUAACUUCACCCACAUCACAUGUCGUCAUAUCAAAGACAGACAAAUGCCAAGCAGUGUCUCCGAGUUGCAGGUUCACACACGCUCAGUUUAACUCAUCUCCCUCAGCUCAGGGCAUCUGAUCUGGCUCGUCUGAAAGCCAAAUGUCUUUUAACUCCACUGAAGAUUCCUGUGCCUCUGACGCCCGCUUGAACUUGGCUGACUUUUACAGCGGUUUAUUUGUGCUCUGGUCCCUGGCUGAAAUGUUGAUAAAAACAUGUUUAUGGUCAUAAUCCAAAGUAAUGUCGCUGACUUCUUAAGAAAGUCUCCUACAUGUUACUUUCCCCCCUUAUUUUUGUAGUCAUCAAAGGUCUGAACUUCUGUUUCUCUCUGUGCAGUUAGCGGUGCACACAGCAGUACAUGUCUCUGCGUGUUAUCUUAUUGGUGUUUAGCUCAUCCCCCCUCACCACUUGACCUGUGACCUGUGGAGAAGAUAAGGCUGAUGAGAUUAGGCAUUAACAUGCUCCACCACCCACCGCAGCCGUCUAUCAUUGUGUGUGCAUUUGUGUGAGCGAGCAUGCCUGCAGAUAGGAGGCGCGUGGGGUAUGAGGGGAUAAAAGAGGGGGCGUGUACUCACAUAAAGACUCUCACAUUACACAUAAACACAUACAGUAUUCAUAUGUGCAUGCCUGAAAAUGUGCAUGCGUCUGCACACAAAGACACACACACACAUACUAACACUUGGAUCAAUCCACAUGAAAGGUUCUCUAAAUCAGUGUGCAUCACACAGAUCAGCAGCUCUUACUAACUCAUGUAAAACUGUAGAUUUUGCCUGUAAAUUUAUCUGUCUUCAAACUGAAGGAUUUUUGCUGUGUCGUUCUAUCCUCUGCAACUUAAUGUGAACCAUGACAUUGUGUACAGUAGUUUUCAGUGAAAUACCUGUGCUGUUUUAGAGCUGCUCUCUACUCCCCAGAGCUGUCCACUUUGACUUGCCUGACAGCUUGAUGUAACAUGUACUGACUACAUCAUUUCUCAACAGGAGCAUAUUAAUAACAUGCUGCGACGCCAUGUUACAUGUGAUCGCAAUGAUUUUGCAGACUGAGCUGAAGUCAUUGUAAAAACAUUCAUUUUUUUUCUUUAGCUGCCCAUUGCUGUGCAUUUGGCCAAGUCAGACAGAUCAUGGAUCCAAACCAUACAUCUUAUUUUGGGCCUGCCAAGCCACAUCUGCAUAACCAAUAUUAAAGUUUUAAAGCUCCUGUGAGGAAUAAACUUAAUACUUCAUACUAAUGUCUUUAAAUGACCAUAAAAGCAGAUGAGACCACUGGACUGGAAAGAAGAUUACUUGUUUUUUAACCCUUUAAUGUCUGACACCACAAAUUAUGGCCAAAAAUAUCAAUUUUUUGGGAGCUGAUAUGUUUAUUUCACUCACUACUGAAAACCAAAAAAAUCUAAAUGUCCUUAAAAUUUAACAAAUAUAUUUAUUGAUCUCAUUUGAUCCAUUAGAUGUUUUUGGAAACUGAUAAACUACAAGAGGACAUUAUCAUUUAUUGGACUGUAUUAAGGUGUUUUUUUAAUAAUUUGUUGAUCAUAUUGAUUUGAUAAUAGUAUAUAAAAGUAUGUAUCAAAUAUGAUACAAAGGGCAUUAAAGGGUUAAAUGUGUAAAAUUCUGCUGUGGAUUAUGUGUUGCUUUCUCACAACAAUAAUUCACAGUAAAUAACAUUUUAAUCUGAUAAAAGAAAGAAUUACAUGUGGGAUUAGAUCAGCAAGGAGAUCAAAAUGACUGCUUUGUCCAAAGGGGGCACUAAAAUCCCCACAAACUGCAAGUUUCUCAGAGGAGCUUUAUCAGUUUAAAAUAGUUUAAUUUACUCUAUUUUGGGACAUACCAUCAAUGAGCGCAGUCUGUUUUACCUGACUCCUUUAAUGACUUAAAAUUAUGUUGUUGUUUUUUUUUAAGUUAAACAGCUCUGCUACAACACAGUGUUGUUGAGGAGGAGAAAAUAGGACAUAUGUGAGGUAUGCAAGCAAUCCCAAAUCUUAAAUGACCCUCUAUGCUAAAAACAAAAAGAUGAUAGCACCACAGCAAUAUGACAAACCAAAGGAACAGGACAGCACCACAUCAGAGCAGACGGUCCUCUCUGUGCAUCAGCUUUGUGCGAUCUAAAAAACAUACCCCCCAAUGCUGAAAAAGAAAAAAAAGAAGAAAAAAAACACCCUGCAAUAAGUAACAACGAGCCUGCACCAAGCCUGGGAUCCUCCAUGGCCCUGGAAAUGCUCUGGGAUCAGAUCCAAGUCUUCCAAUCUCAGUAUCGACUCAGUACCCAAGAACCUCAUGGGCUUGCAAUAGAAAUUUCCUCGUUCAGAGUUACGCAAUAAUCAGGUGUUGAAAACUCCUUAUUGAGCGUAUUCAAAAGCAAAAAGGGGAAAGCGGUGGAGACGUGAUCUUGUUGAAUUAACAGUAAUGUUUUUGUUCUGUUCUGUGUCUUCAUCUUCCAAGUUGUACUCGGCCGUAUGAGCUAUUUCUGACCCUAUGCAUGUGACCUAUGGCCCCUUGCAUCUGUAGUUAUGACAUUGACCUCUCCCUCUAACCUGGAUGUAAAUAAACCCAGUACUGUAGAGCAGUCUGUUUUUUGGCCCCUUCCAUGUACAUACAAACCCUGUAAAUACAAACAGCUAUGCAUGCUGAAAACCUAGCAAUUCUUUCAGGUACUUUUAUAAUCCCCAGAUUCUCAUAUGGCAUGUGCUGAAAAAGAAAAAAAGAAUAAUUUAAAAAAGUAGAAAAAACAAAAGAGUCAUAAAAAUGAAAUAAAAAAAGUUUAAAAUAAAUGGGUUGGUUAUAAUGUCAGGCAAUAUCCUCUCUUUGGACAGUGUGUGUAGAGUCUUCCUGUUUUCUUACUCCUGUGGGUGGUUCUCUUCCUUUGCCUGUCCUUCUGUGUUUCUGCUCACCAUCUGUGUCACUUGUUGUCGGUUGGCAUUUGUACAGUAGCGAGGGUUGAGGCAGAGCAUGAAAAGAGAAGAGGGAGCGCUCACCAGCUGACCUCUGUGAUGGCACUCCAGUUCAGCAGCAGCAGCAGCGCUAAAUGUUGGCAAAGCUAUUGAUGCCCGGGACUCUGUCUAAGAAGUCCAGCUCCAGGCUUGAACCACAGAUCAUACUGUAACUGAGCUUGUCACGUGAAAGCCCUCUGGAUGGGUCAAGGGAACAGGUUCAUUUGGAACAACUUUUUCUUUUUUGUAAUUUCUGUCAGCCUGCUUCAAGUUUGGUGAGCAGUCAGUCAAUGUUUUAUAAGGUUAUCACGGGCUGGGAGUUUCUUUCAAAAUACGAUUUGACUUUCUUUUAGUCACAUUUAAGAAAACUGACUCAUCAUCGUCAGAUUUUUCCCCUCUCUUUUUACGCAGUACAUGAAGAGUGUAACUUCUUUUCAACUACUGUAUGUAACAAGGCUACAGCAUGCUUUUUGAAAGUAUCUCCUGGCUUGUAGCUGCAGUAAACGGAUCAGGAGGAGUGCAGCAGUUUUUGCCUCAGCCCUCUGCCCAUCCUCGUGGACUAGUUAUCCUCAAGUGGGAAUCCAAAGGGAUUGUGAUUUUGUUCUUUUUUUUUCAGCCUGUGAUGUUUAAAAUAGAUGGAGGUGUCUGAUUUUUAAUCUGUGCUAAAGAUAUUUUACAUUUAAUAAAUAACCAUUGAAAUUGAAAAACUCACACGUGUGUUUGUGUAGUUUAUGUGUACGCAUGUGUGUGAGUACAGAUCCAUCUUUGUCCUCAGCAAUGCUACCCUCUGCGAGCUGACAGCUCAGCUAAGCGUGCCCGUCCCAGCUGUAGAGGGAAUCCUUGGUAAGGCAGUCUCCUCAGAUAAACAAGCGGUGCCUCCAUACAGCUUGACCACUCAUCCACGAGGAGAGGAGAUUAGUACCUCAAACACCUCAGCGCACACUUCAGAAAGCACCCUAGCACUGAGCGAGUCACUCUGUGGUGACCUCUGUCACCCUGACCGAGGUAGAAAAAAAGACGUACAGUUUCCCUGAUACACAUCCAAGCCCUUUGUACGAGUGGGAUCAUGUCUGCAAUCUGACUGAGAGCCUGUUUAGGCCCCCAGAGAAUCUCCUCAUCACAGCUCUCCCCAGUGAUUAGUCUCCCCCCGGUCAUCUGUAUGGACUAAACUCUAUUUCAUAUCGUCCAUUAGUCCGCAGGCCGAGGGCUAAUACUCACCUACGGGCAGCAGGCUCCCCUGAGGGGCAUUAAGGACAGGAUGGAGGGACCAGCCGCCCUGCCUCCUUCUCUUUCUCUUUCCGCUCCUUCAAUACAGCUCGAUCUCUCUCAGUCUUUAAACACACCCCUCCCUCCCCUGCUCUUUCCUCGGCCCCCCUCUUUUCCAUCAACCAUCUGCAGCCCCCGUCCUUCAUAACUUACAGACCUGGGCACACAGAGGCACUGUUACCGAAGUCUCAUGGGUGAGUGGUUAGAGUAGGACCUUUUGCAGGUAAAUGGAUCUCUUUCCCUGGAGUUUCUAAACUCUGGCAAUCUUUUAAAUUUCUAGGCCAGCGGAGUGAUGUAGUAGAUGACGAGAGGAAAAAGAGAGAGUGGGGGGAUAAACUAAAGGAGUGACAGGAACACAACACAAAGCAGAGCAGAAAGCCCCCCUGCACUAUUCCUCUCUUUCCCCCUUUUUACGCCAGAUAAGAUCAACCAAGUGUCAGUCAUCUGCAGCCUGUCCGUUGUGUGUGUGUGUGUGCUUGUGUGCAAAUGUGGUCUGAUGCAACAUCGCUGCAUACGUUUAAAGCCUCCGUGUUCCAGUGAACAAUAGAGACAGAACAAGGAGGAGAAAAUGCAAAGGACAGAGGGGGAGAAGAGGGGUGGCAUAAAGACGAGAGGAGGAACGAGGAGUGAAUAAAAGGAUGCAAAAGAGAGAAGGAGACGAGGGAGCUAGGAUACAAGGCAUCCAAGGGGAAAACGAUGAGGAGUCAGAAGGACUUGCGCAAUGACUGUGAAACUAUCUCAUUUUUAUCCGGCGAGAGGACUUCCGAAGUGAUCCGCACAACCUAAUUAUUUUCCCCUAAUAAAAGCAACAUAUGCUAAGACAAUAAAAGGCCUUAUUGGACACCUAUUCAUUAAAGAGGAGCAGUAAAAGGAACAGGACUCUGGCACAGGGAUUAGCUUUUAAAAGGGCCUUUCUCCGGUUGGAAAUGGCCUUAGUCUUCCUUCAGCACGCCCAUAUGGGUGCAGAGCCCACCAUAAAAAGAUCUGAAUUAUACAUGAAGAGGCUUGGCUGCUUUAUUAGCUGUGAUCGGCUUUUUCACUCUCACCUGAGUGCAUCAAUGAAUGAUGCCUCCAAGUUUGAAGUGAAUCCGCGUCGAAUCUCACUUACAGCGCUUCAACGCCACAGGCCUCGCAGGUUUAAGCGCAGAAAAUACUGAAAUGUAAAGUACAUAUUGGUCAGGACAAGCAUUCAGCAGCAGUAAGAUAACCCAUAAUUCUCAAAAGUUGGUUGAGUUAGUAACACCUGGUUGGAAUAAGACCUGCUGGUGACUCACGUCUGACAGUUUGACACCGCCAAGUCAUUAUUCCAUAUGGUCAAUGUACUGAGUGUCACUAUGUUUCUAUUAUGAGCAGAGCGAUGCUGUCUGUGUGUCGCUGUGUGAGUGUGUGAUGAGCUGGUGUAAUAGGGCCACACACAGGUGUGUGUGUAUGCUCACCUCCUCACUGAUGCACCAGCUAAUUGGUCUCCUGCGGCAACCUGACAUACUCAUACACUCACUUUCUCACACACACGCACAUUUUUAGGUGCAACUGACACACAGUGCAGUGUCCCAUGGUCAUAUUCUUGUGUGUAUAAAGCCUGCAAAUAAGCCCCGCAUAUACAAACACAAGCAGGGCCCGCAUGCACAGACGGCCUGCAGAGUGUGUUUCCAAAUGAACUCAUUAUCACAGUGCUGACUUCAGGUGAAGAACGACACCUGAGCACCCACUGUAAAACAAUACUGAGAAUAUCAAUCAAUUAAAAAUGACCAGAAUAAUAUACAGGACGUGCUAAACCAAAGUUUGAAAUCUUAUUUAAAGUUGUAUUUCUCCAAACGCAGAACUAGGAGCACACUUCCUCAAAGGGAAAAAGGCCAUUAAAACAGCAAACAGGGAAAUGUAUUUUCAGUUCAGCAUGCAGUAAAUCUUUGAGUAAGAAGUCUCUCAGUUUGAAUACAAAUGUCUUUAUUUACUUUCUUUCUUUUUCCAGCAGCCAAAUGAUGCACCAACUCUUUGUUUUUCUCAUGUUUUUUAUGUUUCUCAUGUUCGUUCUACCUCUAAAGGCUAAAGUAGAAGAAGAAAGUGUGUUCACAUCUCCUGUCCUGCUCAUUUAUCCACCCCUCUCACUCAUCCCUCCUGCCUCCCCCCUUCCUCCCCUCUCGGUGGAGGUCGACAGAGGGAUGUUCUGUUUUAAAUAAGAAGGCAGCACUGGCCCAUUAAACUCUGAUAGUAAUGAUAUUAAUUUGGCAAGAACGUGUCAUUUUCACAAGAGAGCGACUAGCUGAACUGUCAUUACGCACACACUUACACACACUCACACACACACUCACACGGAGGAGAAGCAGUCUCUCGUUCACACCGUCUCUCACACACAUUCCCACACAAACAUAUCCCUCUCUCUCUCUCUCUCUCUCUCUCUCUCUCUCUCUCACUCACACACACACACACACACACACACAAAGCAGGAGCAUGUCACAGGAGAGCAGCUAGCAGUAACAUUAUGAGAGACUUGGAGAGAUCUGCUAAUGGGGUAGAUUAGCGUGCCCUUGGUCACAGCAGCAGUGGAGUGACUGGAGCUGUGGCUUAUAUCCAUGUCCCACCUUUUCAUCCUUUAUUGGGCUUCUCUCCCGCCUCUGUUCCUUUGACCCCAUCUCUCCCUUGACUUCCUCCACAGCAUCACUUUUUUACUUUCUCCCUUUACUCAUUUUGCUUUCUCCCCUCGAAAGUAAAUUGUCAACGAAAGGUUUAAGACCAAUGCUGGAAAUGUCGUCUGAUUAGCCGCUGAGCUGAAAUCAGGGAAAGGAUGAUAGAGCUGUUUGUGUUGCAGGGGGGAAAAAAAGGAAAGCAUUGGUGCAUGAUCAGAAUUGUUUCUCAUUAUGGAUCUUUGUUAAUGGAGCCUAAUGAGCACAGAGGACCCUCCUGAUCAAUACAAGAACAAAGGAAUGAAAAUAACAAAGCAUUAGUCGUAUUCUCAAUGAACAGCUGUCAUCGUGAACCUACAGGUUAAUCUCCAAGGUCAUGACAAUUUGACAUGCUUAAUAUUUAAACAAGUACAUGGAAGUUUGUGAAUAUAUUAACAUAUUAACUUUAUCUUUCCAGAGUCUUGAUUUGGGAAUCCAAUGAAUACAAUGGAGUGUACUUUCUGAACUUGACUUUUGAACUCAUUAUUCAAAGUAAUGCUACAACAGUGUGGUGUGGCUCAUUGAUAUCAGUGGAAUUAGCUGCACCUGUAUGCUUGGCCCCUUAAUUAGUGGUUCAAACCCAAAGCACUACGGUGAUAUCUUAAUUC